CGACCGACGUCUUGGUUUAAAGAAUCACGGGGACAAGACUUUUGACGAUGACUUGAUUUCUACCGACUGAUUGAACUGAGCCGCGGUUACCAGCAAAACUGCGCGUUUUGCAAAAUAAAGCGAGACAAGUGCGAGUGAUUUGCUUCAAAUUCGUCGUUGUGCAUCAAGAGUUUGUUUGUUAAAUCUCAGGUGACCAAACACAACGUUGAGAGAGAAGAAAGGAAAUCUUUUCAGAUAUUCCUCAGAUUAAUUAGCAGUUUACUACCAAUAAGUCAUAUAAUUGGCCACAAUUUUGCCAUCCGAACGACUCACGACUCACGAUUAUUGAAUUUCUUGAUCCAAGAUGAAGCGACAACAAUUUCAAGAAUCGCAGACGCAACAACAGCAGCAACGAGCUAUCGUGCAAGAACAACAACAACAACAGUACAUUCAGCAACGAACGGAAAGACAAGUCACACGACAACAGAUCACCAGUCAGCAGAGAGUUCAAGGAGAGGUCGUUAUGCAAACGACGCCAACGGUACCAGUAUUUACGGGUAAACUCGGGGAUCCCUCACCACCAAUUUUCGAGCGAAUCUUUAAAAAUGCGAGAUUCGCGCAAGGUGGUAACGCGAUUUUUGAAGGUUGUGUUCGAGGUAAUCCGAGACCAUCGGUUUCUUGGACACACAAAGGAAUGCCACUGCUAGAAUCACAAAAGAUUCGAAUGUCUUAUAAUGAAAAUUCUGGAAUUGUUACACUCCAAAUUAAUCAGAUCGGUCCGGGGGACGAGGGCGAGUACACAUGCAGUGCAAAGAACCAAUAUGGCGAAGCUAUUUGCUCAGUUUACAUACAGCCAGAGGGAUUUGGUCCUCCAGCGCAACAGCUAACAGAUAGUUACAAGAAAGAAUUUUCGCAAAGUUUUCAGACUAGCGACCAGAAAAUGCAAAGUGGAAGUCAAAUCUUUCAACAACGCAAUUAUCAACAAACAACCGAUAAACGAAGUUACGUUAAUGGCACAACUACAAGCAUUGAAGAUUUUAAGGUUGAUACCUUUGAAUAUAGAUUGUUGCGCGAAUUGGAGUUCCGUGAAUCAAUUACUCGCCGUUUUGCGAAUGAAUUCGACUUGCAAAUUUCUAAGGUAGUUGAUCGUACCCUGGGCCCGGUCGCACCUCCACAAAUUACUCAGAAACCGAGAAACUCGAAGAUCGUUGAAGGAUCGGAUGCUGUCUUUACCGCAAAGAUAACUGGCAAUCCGAAACCAAGAUUAACAUGGUUCAAAAAUGGUCAGAGAAUUCGAGAUUCUCAACGACUAGAGACGAGUUACUCAAAUCAGCAGGCUACUUUACGAAUUCGAGUCGCUCUGCCAGAAGACAGCGGUCAUUAUACAUUAUUGUCUGAGAAUCCUCAAGGUUGUACCGUUAGCUCCGCUUAUCUAGCAAUUGAAUCUAGUGAUCAAGUAGAUCAAGUUCCGUAUCAAGCGCAUCAAAGGGAAUUUAAGACUCAACAAAUAGAUUCUACCAAUGAAUCUGUUGAUUCUAGCAAGGUUCUGCCACCGAAUUUCGUUCGUACCAUCACAGAUAAGGAAGCUACCGAAGGCAAAAUGAUGCGAUUCGACUGUCGCGUAACUGGCCGUCCAUAUCCUGAAGUCACUUGGUAUAUAAAUGGUCAACAAGUCGCCAAUGACAUAACUCAUAAAAUCCUUGUAAAUGAAUCUGGUAACAAUUCAUUAAUGAUCACGAAUGUGAACCGCGCCGACGCUGGCGUAGUAACGUGCAUUGCGCGGAAUAAAGCCGGCGAAACUUCUUGUCAAUGUAAUUUAAGCGUUAUCGAAAAAGAACAGGUAGUUGCGCCGAAAUUUGUCGAACGUUUUGUUACAACGGAAGUAAAGGAAGGAGAACCUGUGAUCUUUAUGGCACGUGCAGUGGGCACGCCCAUUCCACGAAUCACAUGGCAAAAAGAUGGCGUACCAAUAACGCAUAGUUCCGAAAUGCGUAUAUCGAGUGAUGGUAACGGAGCUUCGACCUUAGAUAUCCCAUGCGCCAAAUUUUCAGAUGCAGCCUGGUAUCAGUGUACAGCGCAAAAUGUAGCCGGCUCCACCGCAACUCGAGCACGGCUCUUUGUAGAAACGCCAAAAGGAACGACCCCGGAACCAAGACGUCUGAAUUUACCCCGACCAACGAAAGUCAUCGAACCAGAACCAGCGCCUGGCCCCGAAGUGAUUUACCUGAGACAUGUGGAACGCGUGAAACCUUAUUUGCCGCCUCCUGAAGAAGACAAAAUUUAUCUCCCGCCACGUUUCAUUAUACCGCUAAAGGACGUUCAUCAAAUCGAAGGUGGACGAAUUCACUUCGAGGCCAGAAUCGAACCGGUGGGCGACCCCACUAUGAGGGUGGAGUGGUAUGUCAACGGCAGAACACUCGACGCAAGUUCCCGGGCGACUUCCGUCUUUCGCUUCGGUUUUAUUUCACUCGAUCUCAUUAGCAUCGUUCUUCAAGAUAGCGGCGAGUAUUUGUGCCGCGUUGUAAGCUCGACCGGAAUUGCCGAUUCUCGAGCCACCCUCAGUGUAACCCCACGUGCCACGAUUGAACAAGCAAGCCAACACCCCGACAGCCUCCAAUACAUUCAGCAGCUCGAGGAUUACAGCAAGUAUCAAAGACAGGAGAGCGUGGAGGAGACCUCUUCACAGCGGCCGGUUUUCAUCCGCCCGCUCCAAGAUCUUGGUGAGCUACAGGAAGGUCGUAAUGCCCAUUUCGAGGCGCAAUUGACACCUGUUAGCGAUCCUACCAUGAAAGUGGAGUGGUACAAGGAUGGAAAACCAAUCACAGCGAGCUCAAGAAUUACUAGCAUCUUCAACUUCGGAUACGUCUCACUCAAUAUAAUGCACCUACGGGCUGAAGAUGCAGGUUCUUACACUGUCAGAGCUGUGAAUCGCUUGGGAGAGGCCAUCAGCUCCGCGACUCUUCGUGUCUUUGCGCGAACAAGCGUAACAACAGACUUGGGUAUUCCCGAACAACUGAGAUACAUAGAGGCUGCCGAGGAAUUGGAAGCAUAUCAACAAGCGAUGCACCAAAAGUAUGUGCAGGAGCAGCCUGAACCGAGUAGCCCACCGGAAUUUAAAUCGCCUAUUAAGGAUCAAAGCGGCAUACGAGAAGGUGGAUUCGCUCAUUUUGAAGCGCGUCUCGAACCAAUUGGUGAUGCCGAUCUCCGCGUUGAGUGGCUGAAAGAUGGACGACCUAUAGAAGCUAGUUCUCGGAUUACAACUUUUUUCAAUUUCGGUUACGUGGCAUUGACCAUCAAAUACGUAACGAUACACGAUGUUGGCGUGUAUACUUGCCGAGCUUACAACAAAGCCGGUGAGGCUCAUACUACCGCUCAAUUAAGUGUGAUCAGCAAAAAUGAUGUUAUUUAUGACAGCCAGCAUCCUACUGGUCUCCAAAAAAUUCAGUCUCUCGAAGAUUCGAGUAGAUAUUCGCGACAGAUUCAAGAAGAAACGCAGAUUACGCAAGCACCACGAUUUUUAGGUAAUCUUAAAGGUACCAACAAGAUCGUAGAAGGUCAACGGGCGCAUUUUGAGGCACGCGUUGAACCUCAAAGUGAUCUGAAUAUGAAGAUCGAGUGGUACCACAAUGGCAAACCUAUUACUGCCGCUAAUAGAAUUCAAACGUACCACGAUUUCGGAUACGUUUCCAUUGAUAUUCUUCAAGUUCGUCCUGAAGAUGCUGGUACAUACACCGUUGUGGCUAAAAACUCCCGUGGAGAAGCUCGUUUAUCUGCCACCAUGACCGUAGAAACGCGUUCCAGUAUAGAUACCAGCAGCAUGCAUCGCGGAACUUAUGAAAAAACUCAACGUUUAGAAGAAUCCAAAUUUGUUGAGCCGCAGUAUCAUAUCGAGGAGAUCUCUAAAUCAAAACCAAUUUUUAUCCAGCCGUUGAGUGAUCCUAAGCCAGUUAGCGAAGGCAAAAAUAUUCACUUGGAGUGUCGUUUGGAACCGAUGGGUGAUCCUACAAUGAGAGUUGAAUGGUUCCAAAACGGACGUCCGGUCACAGUCGGUUCUAGAUUCAGAACUUACUACGAUUUCGGAUUUGUCGCACUCGAUAUAGUACACACUACUGUUUACGAUUCUGGCGAAUAUACAGUCAGAGCUACUAAUCAUCUGGGUACCGCACAUACUUCUGCUUGCGUCAGAAUUAUCGGAAGGUCUGACAUCGUCACUGAAACACAAAAUGAACAAUCACUUGAGCAGAUACAGAUGUUGGAAGAUACAUCAAGAUAUCGCAAAACUCAACACGAAGAUGUCACGGUGAUGCAAGCACCUCAGUUCACCCGACCUUUGCACAAUAUUGAGACGGUAGAAUUGACCAAUGUCCAUCUCGAAUGUCGCCUUCAACCAAUUGGUGAUGUUACUAUGAAAGUCGAUUGGUUCGUUAAUGGUCGACCGGUUAAAACUGGUCACCGAUUUAGACCAUCUUACGAAUUUGAUUAUGUGGCUCUAGAUAUUCUCGGCGUUUACCCUGAAGAUUCUGGUGUAUAUACCUGUCAAGCUAGAAAUCAGCUCGGUGAAGCAGUUACUUCGUGUUCUGUAAGAGUACACGCCAAGAAAGAUUUACUUCUAGAGUCUCAACAUCCCGAAGGAUUGGAAAGAAUACAGUACUUGGAGGAUGCGUCACGAUACAAAAGGCAUGAAUUAGUGGAUGAAGUCGUCACUGUAAAGCCGAAAUUUAUUACAAAACCAAAAAAUCAAGAAAAUCUUCGAGAAGGACAACAUGCACAUUUCGAAUGCAAAUUGGAGCCGGUAACGGAUCCGAAUUUAAAAGUCGAGUGGUUUAAAAAUGGUCAUCCAGUAACGAUAGGACACCGUUUUCGUCCAAUUCACGAUUUUGGUUACGUUGCAUUGGACGUAAUUGAUUUGAUUGCCGAGGAUUCUGGAACGUACACUUGUCGUGCUGUUAAUCUGGUAGGAAAUGACGAAGUACUCUGUACUUUAACGUGUCGCUCGAGCGCACAAAUAUUAACGGACACGCAAAACGAGCUUGGACUUGAACAGAUUCACUAUCUUGAGGAUAAAUCCAAAUAUCAAAGACAAGAAGUUAUUGAAGAAACUACCACUCAGGCACCUAUUUUCACAACUUCAUUAAAUAAUGUCGAGAUAAAAGAGGGCCAGCGAGCACAUUUUGAAUGUAGAUUAAUUCCAGUGUCCGAUGCAACAAUGAAAAUCGAAUGGUUCCAUAAUAAUAAACCAGUGAAAGCAGGCUCGAGAUUCAUUGAAACAAACAAUUUUGGUUUCGUUGCUCUCGAUAUUAUGUACGCGUACGCCGAAGACUCUGGCACAUAUACUUGCAGAGCUAAAAAUAUUAUUGGUGAAGCCAUCACUUCUGCAACCGCUGUCGUUCACUCUAAAAAGUCAAUCUACACAGAGACUCAGAGCGAAGAAACUCUUCAACGUCUUCACUCGUUGGAGGACACAUCUCGUUAUCAACGUAAAGCUACAACCGAGGAAAUUAUUACGCAAGCUCCUGUAUUUACGAUGCCGAUAAAAGAUCUUCGUGUUGCUGAGAAUCAAGCAGCACACUUCGAAGCACGUGUUAUUCCAGUUGGAGAUCCUAAACUCAAAGUAGAAUGGCUACGUAAUGGAGUUCCUAUUUCAGCCUCAAAUCGAGUAACGACCAUGCACGAUUUUGGAUAUGUCGCUUUAAAUAUGAAGUAUGUCAAUCCCGAAGAUUCAGGCACUUAUACGUGUCGUGCUGCAAACGAACUUGGAGAAGCAGUUACUUCAGCAACAUUGUUCGUUCAAUCCAAGGCAGCGUUGCAGUUCGAAUCACAACAUGAGGGCGCUUUAUCGAAACUUCAAGCCCUGGAGGAUACUACGAAAUAUCAACGUCGUGAGGAAGAGGAAAUUGUGGUAAAAGAUAAGCCAUCCUUUACGGUACAACUGAACGGACCUACCAAUUUAGUCGAAGGACAAAGCGCACAUUAUGAGUGUCGCAUAGAACCUUACCCUGAUCCCAACAUGAAAGUGGAAUGGUUUCACAAUGGCAAACCAUUAUCCACUGGUCACAGAUACAGAACUACUUGUGAUUUUGGAUUUGCAUCGUUGGAUGUAUUGACCGUAUAUGCCGAAGAUUCGGGCACUUAUGCUUGUCAAGCCACUAAUAAAUUGGGAUCGGCGAAGAGCUCGAUUAAUCUUGACGUGAAGUCUCGAGCAUCAAUUAUUCAUGACACGCAACAUGAGAGCGCAUUGAAAAAAAUACAAUAUCUUGAAGAUGAUUCAAGAUAUAAACGAGUGAUCGAAGAAGAUACGAUCAUCGCUGAGAAGCCCACUUUCGGACGACCAUUGAAAAAUAUUGAGCAUCUUCCAGAAGGCAAAAACGCUCAUCUCGAAGCUACAUUGACUCCCGUGAAUGAUCCGACAAUGAUUGUCGAAUGGUUUAGAAAUGGACGUCCUAUUCCUCAAGGACAUAAAUUUAAAACAACUUAUGAUUUUGGAUUCGUCGCUCUUGAUAUUCUCUAUGCUUAUCCUGAAGAUUCUGGUACCUAUAUGUGUAAAGCAAGAAACGUUGUAGGCGAAGCGAUCACUACUUGCGUGAUCAGUGUGGAUUCAAAACAAGGCUUAUGUCUUGAUACGUUGGAUGCACAACGUUUGCAAAAAAUUCGAGAGCUGGAAACUGUCGAAGUUAAAGAAGAAAUUGAAAAAGAGGUUAUUCAUCAGAAACCUGUAUUCUUGACACCGUUGAACAAUCUGGAUCAUCUCAACGAAGGCGAACACGCUCAUUUAGAAUGUCGUGUGGAGCCGAUUAACGAUCCAAACUUAAAAAUCGAAUGGUUUGUUAAUGGAGUUGCGAUUAAAACUGGUCAUCGCUUCCGUACAACACAUGAUUUUGGUUAUGUCGCUCUUGAUAUUCUUUAUACCUAUCCUGAAGAUUCCGGUACUUAUAUGUGUAAAGCAACCAACCUAGUUGGCGAAGCCGUUAAUACUUGUACUAUCAAAGUCAGCUCACGACGGAGUAUUCUUUUGGAUACCCAACAUCCGGAUGGUUUAGAAAAAAUUCGAGAAUUAGAGUCUCAGGGUCAUCCUGCACGAUUAGAAAUUGAGGAACCGCCAGUAACACCACCGAGAUUUGUCUCUGAGCUUAGGGGUACAACUGAAGUAUAUGAGGGGCAAACAGCUCACUUUGAGUGUCAAGUAGAGCCUCUACAUGACGCAAAUCUAAGAAUCGAAUUCUUUCACAAUGGUAAACCAUUACCAUCGGCAGCGCGUUUCCAUGUGACUUUCGAUUUUGGAUAUGUAGCUUUGGACAUUGGCCAUACUGUACCCGAAGAUGCAGGACAAUAUUCCGUACGAGCGAUUAACGCGUUAGGACAAUGCGUAUCAUCAAUCGAGCUUAAAGUAAUCCCACGAGAUAACAUUAUUCUGGAUUCUCAACGGCCGGAGGGAAUGGAUAAAAUCAAGGAGCUCGAAGCCCAACAACCAUGGAAGAGACCAGAGAUUCCAGAGCCUCAAACUCGACAGCGACCAGUCUUCACGCAACCAUUGCAAAAUAUCGAUAAUAUUACUGAAGGUCAUACUGCGCAUUUCGAAUGCAGACUCAUACCUGUAGGUGAUCCUAUGCUCAAAGUGGAAUGGUUUAGAAACGAAGUGCCUCUUGAGACAAGUUCGCGAAUCACAAAAGUGCAUGACUUUGGAUAUGUAUCUCUGGAUAUUGCUCAUGUACGUGACAAAGAUGAAGGAGUUUACAUGUGCCGCGCGUCUAAUCCGUUGGGCGAAGCGGUUACUACAGCUUCAAUGAAGAUUAAAACUAAGGCGAGCAUACAGUUGGAUACUCAGCAUCCAGAGGCGCAACGUAGAAUCGCUCAGUUGGAAGCCAAGGAAGCCGGACGACCCGAGGAACCGGAAAAAGUGUUUGAUAAACCGAUUUUCACGCAGUUGCUAACUGGACCAACGGAACUUUGGGAAGGACAAAUGGCUAGAUACGAAUGCAGAGUCGUUCCUGUCGGCGACGCGAGUUUAAGAUUUGAAUGGUACAUGAACGGAGUUGAAUUAAAAAUGGGUUCACGUUUCCACGUAAAUCAUGACUUCGGGUACGUAACAUUGGACAUUCUAAAAGUUAUCCCUGAAGACUCUGGAGUCUAUACUUGCAAAGCGAUUAACAAUGCAGGAGAGGCAAUAUCGUCGAUCUCUUUGAAAGUAAAAGCGCGUUCAGCCAUCGAUUCCGACAGCAUACAAACCGAUGCGUGGCAGAAGAUUCAAUUGAAAGAAGCAGAAAUGAAUAAAGUGCCAGAAAUGUUUGUCGAUACAACUCCACAGCAGGCACCAGUUUUCACCAAACAUCUCGAAAGUUUUGAUAAAUUGAUAGAGGGUCAACGUGUCUAUUUAGAAGCUCAGGUGGAGCCGCGGGCGGAUCCUAAUUUGAGAGUGGAAUGGUUUAAAAAUGGUAUAACUCUCCAAACUGGAACGAGGCUUCGUAGUACGUUUGAUUUCGGUCUAGUAACACUAUCGAUCAACGGGCUAAGGCCCGAUGAUUCCGCAAUUUAUACAUGCAAAGCAAUUAAUCUUUUGGGAGAAGCGGUGUCAACUUGUAGUUUGAAAAUUGUCGAUCGUCAUUGGUUAUUGGGAGAUACUUUGCAUCCUGAUGCUCUACCGAAAAUCGAUGCUUUGGAACAGCCUCAGAGAAUCUCUACUGAUCAAGCGGAACCUACUUAUGAAGAACCAGUUUUUAUUACUCAUUUAAAUAAUGUAGAAUGCAUCGAAGGUGAUAACGCUCACUUCGAAUGCAAUGUAGAACCAUCGAAAGAUCCAACUAUGAAGAUUGAAUGGUUUUUGAACAAUAAACCUUUGCCGACUGGUGCAAGAUUUAAAAGCACUUAUGAUUUUGGUUACGUGGCUAUGGACUUGACUCACGCUUACGAAGAAGAUUCUGGAGUAAUUACCGUUAAAGCUACAAAUUCAAAAGGAAGUGCACAGACAUCUGGUACUCUAAAAUGUACUAGCAAACAAAAUAUUUAUCUUCAAACGCAACAUCCACAAGGAGAAAUCGGACUUGAGAAAGUGAAAAAAGCCGAAGAUGCUUAUUUAUCAAAAUACAGGAAACCAGAAGAUGUUCCUGAACAUGAAUAUCCUAAACCGAUUUGGACGGUGCCUCUCGGGCCUGAAUUUAAAUUGGGAGAAGCUGAACCAUUACAUCUAGAGGGACAAGUUGAGCCAAAGGAUGAUCCUAAUUUAAAGAUUGAAUGGUAUUUUAAUGGAAAACCUUUAGAACAUGGUUCACGCUUUAAAAUGACUAACGAUUUUGGAUUUGUCACUUUGGAUUUAACGGACGUUUAUGAGCGUGACUCUGGUAUUUACACUUGUAAGGCCUAUAACAAAGCAGGCGAAGCUUUCACUUCAACGACGGUUUAUUGUUCUACGAAGGAAAAUAUCAUCGAAAAGUCGCAGCAUCCCAAAGGCAAAGAAGGUCUCGAAGCAAUUCAAGAUCUGGAAGAAUCUUUGAAACGGCAAGAAGGAGCUCCUCUAGGAGAAGAAGAAGGUCAACCACCAAUGUUUACAUCGCAAUUCGAGAAUUUGAUUAAUCUCUCGGAAGGAGAGAUCGCUCACUUUGAAGCAUCUCUCAUCCCUACUGGUGAUCAAACUAUGGUAGUUGAAUGGUUCUACAAUGGCAAAUCUUUAGAAGCUAGUCAUCGCACGAGAACCGUUUAUGCUUUCGGCAUGGUUGUUCUCGAAGUUCUCGGUACUAAAAUAGAAGAUUCGGGUACAUAUACUUGUAGAGCCACCAACAAAUGGGGUAAAGCAGAAAUUAGCGUGCAAUUAGAAUGCAUCGACAAGUCCAAGGGACAGAAACCUAAAUUUACAACGCAAAUUCAAUCUUUGGAAGGUUUAAAAGAUGGCCAAUCAGCUCAUUUUGAGUGUACUCUAAUCCCAGUAGGUGAUCCUCAUAUGAAAGUCGAGUGGUUCCACAAUGGAAAACCUCUACGGCAUUCGUCACGUUUCAAGAUGGUCUCUGAUUUCGGCUUUGUAGUUAUGGAUAUUGCCGGUGUGAUGUCUCACGACAGCGGAGAAUACGUUUGCAAAGCAAGCAAUAAAUACGGUGAAGAUUAUACAAAAGCUACGAUCAAGUGCUUUGGCAAGAGCGGAGUUUAUUUAGAUUCUCUGCAGCCGGAUUCACUUGCUAGAAUUCGAGAACUCGAAAGUUAUACGGGAGAACAAACAACUACAUCUAUGACUCCUGUCGCUGAACCACCGAAAUUCAUUACGCAGAUCGCGGACAUAACAAAACUGGUAGAAGGGCAGUCCGCACAUUUCGAGGCUAGGCUGACCCCAGUGAACGACCCCGAUUUGAAAGUCGAGUGGUACUACAAUGGCAAGAAACUUCCUCACGGCCAUCGAUAUCGCACCUUCCAUGACUUUGGUAUCGUUAUCCUAGAUAUACUUUAUUGUUACGAAGAGAAUUCUGGAGUUUACGAAUGCAGGGCAGUCAAUAAAUAUGGUGAAGAUUCUACGAGAGCAACACUCAAAUGCUUCUCCAAAGCUAAUCUUGUUUUGGAAUCGCAACUUCCAAAGGGCAUGGAAGGCGGUCUAGAAAAAAUACAAAAUCUCGAAGACUCAAUGAUACGUACAAAAGACGAAAAAAUUGUAGAAGAACGAGGCAAGGCUCCUAUGUUCACUGUACCUUUGAGUAACGUCGAUGGUCUACGAGAGGGAGAAAGUGCGCAUUUCGAGGCACGAGUAAUUCCUACGGACGACCCUAAAUUAAAGGUCGAAUGGUUUUGGAAUGGUAAACCAUUGCGGACAGGAUCUCGUUUCCGCACUUUUUGCGAUUUUGGUUUCGUCAUUUUGGAAAUUUCUCCUAUCUACCCUGAAGACUCUGGUGAAUAUAGUUGUAGAGCAACAAAUAACUACGGUGAAGCAGUGACAACGUGCACAUUGAAGUGUACGGGCAAACGUAGUAUUAUUUUGGAAUCUCAAUUACCCAAAGGUAUGGAGAAUACAAUUGAUAAGAUUGCCGAGUUGGAAGGUCUCGGAGCUGUUUCGGGUCAAAUCAGUCCUGAAGACGAUACUGGUAGACCGCCAGAAUUUAUCACGACUCCUUCUGACUUAACUUUGACUGAAAAUUCUCUUGCUCACUUCGAAUGCCGACUACAGCCAAUUAACGAUUCUAGCAUGAGAGUCGAAUGGUUCCACAACGGCAAACCUCUUCUCGCUGGUAGUAGAGUCAAAACGAUUCAUGACUUUGGUUUCGUCAUUCUAGAAGUUGCAAAUUGCUAUCAACGCGAUUCCGGCUUAUAUACUUGUAAAGCCACCAAUCGUCAUGGUGAAGCCACAGUAUCAUGCAAGCUUCAAGUUCGCGGACGUCAAGGUAUCAUCUUGGAGCCUCAAUUACCGAAUAAUUUUAAAACCGGUACAGAAAGCAUUCAGAAACUGGAAGAGUCCUUAUAUAAGAAAGAUGAGAUUUUGGCGGAGGAAGAAACGUCGAAUCCACCAAAAUUCAUUGUCGAACUUAAAGAUAUUGAAGUUGAAGAAGCUGGACCGAGUCACUUCGACUGUAGAGUCGAGCCUGUGGGUGAUCCUACUAUGCGUAUUGAUUGGUUCCACAAUGGACGGCCCUUCGCGACAGGUUCUCGUGUCCAUCAAAUUAAUGAUUUUGGAUUUAUAUCAUUGGAUAUGUCAUAUACAUAUGCACGAGAUAGCGGCGAAUAUGUCUGCAGAGCUACCAACAAGUGGGGCUCUGCUACUACCAAAGCUACCAUUACUUGUAAAUCCAAGAAAACGAUAGAUUUUGAUUCUCAAUUGCCAAUGGGAAUGAGCGGUGAAAAACUAAAAGAACUGGAACGAGGACCGGUCUCUCAAGCUCCUGCGGAAGAAGCACCGCAACAACCGCCUCAUUUCAUCACGCAAAUCCAAUCGACAACUGUCGACGAGGGUGAACCAGUCAGAUUCGAAUGCCGUGUAGAGCCCAAAGAGGACUCGAAUCUACACAUCGAGUGGUACAGAAAUGACAAAUUGAUACCUGCUGGGCACAGAUAUAGAACGGUUUACGAUAUGGGAUUUGUGUCCAUGGACAUCUUAUAUGUUUAUCCCGAGGAUUCUGGUGAAUAUGUUUGCAAAGCCAUCAAUAACCUUGGAGAAGAUACCACUCGAGCUGCUGUAUCUUGCAAGAAAUUACCAAGCAUUAUUUUACAAAAUCAAGUACCAAAAGGUAUGAAAAAAUCCGAGGCCUUGAUGCAGAUGGAAGCGACAAUUAAAAAAUAUACUUCGGAAAUACAUUUAACAGAAGACGAUUUAUAUGAUGCGGAUAAAAAACAACCGCCUCGUUUCGUCACGCAGAUUCAAGAUCAGACCGAUCUUGUUGAAAUGAAUAGUACCAAAUUCGAAUGCCAAUUGGCACCUGUGGGUGAUCCAAAUAUGAAAGUCGAAUGGUUCUUUAACGGGAAACCAUUACCUCAUAAGAAUCGAUUUACGCCUAUUUAUGAUUUUGGCUAUGUAGCAAUGAACUUUGGUUGGGUUUAUCCAGAAGACAGUGGCGAGUAUUUAUGCAGAGCUACGAACCUUUAUGGAAUGGACGAGACCAGAGCUAUAAUCAAAACUGCGGGAAAACCAGGAAUUAUCUAUGAGUCUCAACUUCCAAAAGGCAUGAAAAGUAUCGAAAAAAUCAGAGAAAUGGAAGCAGCAUGGCAAAUAGUACCCGAAGAGGAAGGUGAACAAGAAAAAGUACGCUCGGCGCCUAUUUUCGUGAGCAAACCGGAACCGAUAAUCGUCGAAGAAGGCGAUUGGUCUAGAUUCUGUUGUCGAGUCACUGGUCACCCAAGACCUCGAGUUAUGUGGAUAAUCAAUGGACAUACGGUAGUCAACGGAUCCCGCUAUAAAUUAACGUACGACGGCAUGUAUCAUCUGGAUAUACCAAAGACUAGACAGUACGAUCAUGGAAAAGUGGAAGUGAUUGCAAGGAGCUCCGUUGGCGAAGCACGUAUAGAAACAACUCUAACGGUGAAGCAGCGAAGCGACGAUUACCGCGGUGUAUUGAAAAAUUCACCAAGGCCCUGGUACGAUUAUGGACUAACACAGUACCAGACCGAGCGGCAAAACACAGAAUUGGAGCGUGUGUUCGAUGAACGUCAUCAAAGUGUUUCCCAAGGAAUCGAGAUUGCUACAGAGCAUCUUGGUCCUAAAGUUAUUAAAGAACCUGAGACCGAGUGGCAGAAAUCCGUCAAGAGCAAGAAAAAUGAAGAUUAUUAUAACAAGUUGAUGAAUCUCGAAGAGGAACAAGUGCUCAAAGAGACCCGAUUAAGAGAAGCUUCGCAUCAAUUUGCUAUUCCUGGCGAUAAAGUCGUUGCACAUUCCUUAGCAAAGGGAAUGGCUCAAAAGUAUGAAGAAAGUUUAGAGGAACAACCGCAACAAGAAUCUAUACAACCAUCUCCGAAAUAUGUAAAAAAACCAUUUGUUACCGAAGUGGAUAUAGAUACAGAACGCGUUAAAGCCACGGGAAAAUAUCCUUCGGAACCGUCUGAAUCUACAGUUCAUGGUCGCGAAGUUCAUGUUGCGAAACAAAAACAAACACAAAAAGAAGUCAAGGGUGACGUAGAAAUAACGAGAAAAAUUACAGCAACGGAGACAACAGAAGUAGAACAUAAAGCGAAAACACAAGAACGCGUGGUGCAAGGUCAAGUCAAACCUGCCAAACCCCCUGUUUUUACGAAGAAAAUUCAACCUUGUAGAGCAUUUGAACAAGAACAAGCCAAAUUUGAAGUUGAAUUUGAUGGCGAUCCACUACCAACUAUCAAAUGGUACCGCGAAGAUUUUCCUAUACAAAACUCAGCUGAUCUUCAAAUUUAUACUUUCAGCACCAAAUCGGUGUUAAUUAUCAGACAAGUUUUUAUGGAAGACUCUGGUGUCUUUUCCGUCAUCGCUGAGAAUAGAGGAGGAAAAGCCAAAUGUAGUGCCAAUUUAGUUGUAGAGGAACGCAGAAGGCAGCCUGGACGAGGUGGCGCGGUACCACCUAGUUUCUUAUCUACAAUCCAAUCCGCUUCUGUUGCUACUGGACAACUCGCUAGAUUCGACGCCAAAAUUACCGGCACUAAACCUUUGGAUGUUUAUUGGCUCAAGAACGGCAAAAAAAUAAUAGCGGAUAUCCGUUAUAAAACUUUGGAAGAAGAUAAUAUUUAUACACUUCUGAUUCUCGAGACAGUACCAGAGGACAUUGGCAAAUAUGAAUGUGUUGCGAUUAACAGUGCUGGAGAAGCGCGUUGCGAAGCGGAAUGUACUGUUCGCGGACCUCAAUCUCCAACAAAGGUCGCAAAACCUACAACGCCAACAGUAGAAAAAGCGCCAACUGUUCUAGAGUCAUUAAAAGAUCAAACCAUUAAGGAAGGAACUUCAGUCGCUUUCGCUUGUAGAAUCGCAGGAAAGCCCAUUCCUAUUAUACAAUGGAAGAAAGCUGAUAAGGUAAUCAAACCGUCGAAGUAUUUUCAAAUGCAAAAAGAAGGCGAUUUCUGUACCCUGAAGAUUUCUGAAGCCUUUCCCGAAGACGAAGGUGUUUAUAAAUGUAUUGCUAAAAACCCCGCUGGUGAGAUCACAACGUCUGCCAAUCUCAGAGUUCUCGCGCCCGAUACAACUGAUGUCCUGGCAAAAUUGACUCCUUUGAAGGAUCAAAUAGUGGUAGAGGGACAACCAGCUCAAUUUAAAACUCAAGUGAGUCCGGCAAAGCCUAAGCCAACGAUUCAGUGGUAUCGAGAGGGUGCCUUGAUCCCACAAUCACCAGACUUUCAGAUGAUUCAUGAAGGGAACAAUGCGGUGCUGCUGAUAGCAACUACUUACGAGGAGGAUACUGGCACCUUCACUUGCCGCGCUACAACUUCAGCCGGUACCGUAGAAACAUCUGCCAAACUCAUCGUCAAAAAGAGAAAAGAAGCCUAUUACGCGGUUCCCGCGGAGACGGGUGCCAGUGUUGAAAUAGAUGCAAAACCUCAUCAAGAUUUGAAGGAAAAUUUAAUUCUGAGAUCUUUACCUCUCGACAAAACUGAUUUACCAUUUGAAGUACAGCUUCAACUUGGUGAUGAAUCGUUGCCUUGGCGAAAAGGACGCGUUCUAUCUCGAACUUAUGAUUCACUUCCGUGGCGGAAAGUACAAACAACAUCAAGAGAUUCUUCACUGGAUAAGCUUCAAGCUUUCGAGAGUCAAAUAAAACCAUGGACCGAGGAAGAAGUAAUUUUGAAAAAAACUCCCAAAGUUACUAAGGAUGUAACGACAGAAAGGUUAGAAGAAGUUCAAUUAAGAUUGAUGAAGACCGAAAAAAAAGAUAUCCAUGGAUUUAAUAUAGAACUAAUUAAAUUGAAAUCCGUGCCUAAAGAGGUAAUAGAUAAAAUUAUAAUAACCGAAGAAUAUGCUAGCGACAAUAUUACGACAGAACUUUAUAAGGAGCAAGAGGAUAAUACUCUGUUAAAAACAUCGCGUCGUUUAGAUGAAACUUCGUUGAAAAAAGAGAAACAGGAGAAACCAAGAUCAUGGUCGGAGGAACAAAUUGUUUUAAAGAAAAUAAAACCAAACACAAAAAUAACUUCCGAAUCGGAUGUAGAAAAAAUAAAUUUUCUUGAGCAAGAGGACACUUCUUUGCUUAUAAUUGUAAAAGACGCAGAAAUGCAAAAAUUAAAAAAAGAAAAGCCUAUCACAGAGAAGGCAGAACAAUCCAAGCCUUGGACGGAGGAAAAAAUCGUUUUGAAAAAGGCAAAACCGGAAAGAAAGGAAAUACCCAAGGAAAUCCUCGAAACCGUUUCAUUGAAACCUUUGCAAAUAGUAAAGAAAGAUCUCGUGGAAUCAACGUUAGAUAAGGCAGAUCUAAAACCAAUUUCAAAAGAAGUAGCUGAAGCAAUUUCAAUGAUUACACGAAUUGAUGUCAUUACAGACAAAAAAGAGAGAAGAGCAAGCAAAGACGUGGAUAAAAUAAUCAUAGAUAAAGAAGAUAAGACAAAACCAUGGACAGAAGAAAAAGUUAUUUUGAAAAAAUCUAAACCUAUUCAAAAAGAAAUUGAAAAAGAGAUGAUAGAAACGGUAAAAUUAAAGUCAUCUAAGUUUAUUAAACCAGUAUCUCCAAAAUCAGAUUUAGAAAAAAUAAAUUUGAAACCUGUCAUAAAAGAAAAGGAAAAUAAUAGAGAAAUCGAUAAAACUGCUGAAUACAUCGAACAAGAAGAUACUACAUUACUUCAAGUUUCAACUGAGAUGUACGAUGAUAUUAAAUUAAAACCAGAUACAAGAAAAAAGUUAGUACGAGAAGAAAAACAUAUCGACGAAGACAUUACGACGUAUGAAGAGAAAGAAGAUACUACUUUGCUUAAAGUUAUGUCAGAUCAUGAAACUAUUCAUAAAAAGAUAAAAAAACAAGAGGAUGUGCCACAGGAAAAGCCACAGUUAAAGACAUGGAUGGAAGAAAAAAUAAUCUUAAAAAGAACAAAACCAGAGCAGAAAGAAAUAUAUAAAGAAACUCUUGAGGAAGUAUCAUUAAAGCCAACAUCAAGGUUAGAUAAAGUAAUAUUAAAGAAAGAAUCAGUAGAGAAAGUAGAUUUAAAACACAUCAAAAUAAAAAGUACAGACUUGACUGGAGUUGUACAGCAAGAAAACGUUCCAUAUCACGAAGAAGAAGAUAAAAUAAUUAUAGAAAUAGACAAAGAUGUUGAGUUUACUAAAAAAGUGAGCAGUGAGAAAAAAUCUAAAAGUAUACCAUAUAUGGAAAAGGAAGAUACUACGAUCCUCGACAUCGAUAAUAUAAUUGAAAAAUCUAAAAAAGAAGAAGUACCAUGGGUUAGAGAUAAAAAAGCAAAAGAAAAAAAAGAAAUUGAAGAAAUAAGAACAUCUCAAAUAAUUAAACCUGAAAUUAAACAGGAAGAAGAUAAACCUACAGAAAUUUCCGAAGCUCCAUGGCGCCGUAAAUCAAAAUCGUCAAUUCAAAAAAAGAUUUCAGAAGCUGAAACUGAUAAAACAAAAUUUGACAUUAAAGAAGUAUCCGAAGCAACAUGGCAAAAAUCUGAAAAAAGUAAAACAACGAAACCUAUUAAAGAAAAAGCACAAAUUGAAGAUUUCACAUCUGUUGUACUAAAACCGGUAAAAUGGCACGAAAAACUUGAAGAGCAAAAAACGACACAAGAAAUUACACUACAUCCGGCAAAACAAUUACCUAAAGACAAAGAAGUGUCAGAAGACCUCACACAUACACCGAUGACAAAGGAAACAUCCAAACCAGAAGUUUCACCUGAAAAAAUCGGUGAAAUUAUUAACGGAGACAUAUUUACAAAGAAAAUGGACGUACCAUGGAGACGUGCGAAGAAAUUAACACAAAUUGAACAGAAACCUCAAGAUUUACAGUUAAAAUCUAGUAAGAAAAUAAUAAAACCAGAGGAAGCACAACCGGAGGAAAUUAUAUUGAAACAUGUCAGAAAACUUCCUAAAGGGGAAGAAUCAAAACAUGAAAUCACGUUGAAACCAAUGCAAAAAGAAAAAGUUGAAGAGAAACCGGAACAGGUCCGAUUGAAGCCAGUGAAAAAGAUAGAAAAACCCGAAGAGCCGAAACAAGAACAAAUUGUGUUGAAACCUGUUAGAAAACUUCCUAAAGACGAAGAAUCAAAGAAAGGAAUUACUCUGAAACCAGUGGAAAAGGAAAAAGUUGAAGAAACACCGGAACAGGUCCGAUUAAAGCCAGUGAAAAAGAUAGACAAACCUGAAGAGCCGAAACCAGAGCAAAUUGUAUUGAAACCUGUUAGAAAACUUCCUAAAGACGAAGAAGUAAAGGAAGGAGUUAUUUUGAAACCAGUGAAAAAGGAAAAAGUCGUAGAAAUACCGGAGGAGAUCAGACUGAAGACAGUGAAAAAGAUGGACAAGCCCGAAGAGCCAAAACCAGAACAAAUGGUAUUGAAACCUGUUAGAAAACUUCCUAUAGAUAAAGAAUCAAAGGAAGGAAUCAUUUUGGAACCAGUGGAAAAGGAAAAAGUUGAAGAAACGACGGAAGAGGUCCGAUUAAAGCCAGUGAAAAAGAUCGACAAACCCGAAGAGCCGAAACCAGAGAAAAUUGUGUUGAAACCUAUUAGAAAACUUCCUAAAGACGAAGAAUCAAAGGAAGAAAUCACUUUGAAACCAGUGGAAAAGGAAAAAAUUGUAGAAACACCAGAGGAGAUCCGAUUGAAGUCAGUGAAAAGGAUGGACAAAUCUGAAGAGCCAAAACCAGAGCAAAUUGUCUUGAAACCUGUUAGAAAACUUCCUAAAGACGAAGAAUCAAAGGGAGAAAUUACUUUGAAACCAGUGGAAAAGGAAAAAGUUAAAGAAACGACGGAAGAGGUCCGAUUAAUGCCAGUGAAAAAGAUCGACAAAUCCGAAGAGCCGAAACCAGAGAAAAUUGUGUUGAAACCUGUUAGAAAACUUCCUAAAGACGAAGAAUCAAAGGAAGAAAUCACUUUGAAACCAGUGGAAAAGGAAAAAAUUGUAGAAACGCUAGAGGAGAUCCGAUUGAAGUUAAUGAAAAGGAUGGACAAACCUGAAGAGCCAAAACCAGAGCAAAUUGUGUUGAAACCUGUUAGAAAACUUCCUAAAGACGAAGAAUCAAAGGAAGAAAUUACUUUGAAACCAGUGGAAAAGGAAAAAGUCGCAGAAAUACCGGAGGAGAUCCGACUGAAGACAGUGAAAAAGAUGGACAAGCCCGAAAAGCUGAAACCAGAACAAAUGGUAUUGAAACCUGUUAGAAAACUUCCUAUAGAUAAAGAAUCAAAGGAAGGAAUCAUUUUGGAACCAGUGGAAAAGGAGAAAGUUGAAGAAACGACGGAAGAGAUCCGAUUAAAACCAGUGAAAAAGAUCGACAAACCCGAAGAGCCGAAACCAGAGGAAAUUGAGUUGAAACCUAUUAGAAAACUUCCUAAAGACGAAGACUCAAAGGAAGAAAUUAUUUUGAAACCAGUGGAAAAGGAAAAAGUCGUAGAAAUACCGGAGGAGAUCAGACUGAAGACAGUGAAAACGAUGGACAAACCUGAAGAGCCGAAACCAGAGCAAAUUGUGUUGAAACCUGUUAGAAAACUUUCUAAAGACGAAGAAUCAAAGGGAGAAAUUACUUUGAAACCAGUGGAAAAGGAAAAAGUUGAAGAAACGACGGAAGAGGUCCGAUUAGUGCCAGUGAAAAAGAUCGACAAACCCGAAGAGCCGAAACCAGAGAAAAUUGUGUUGAAACCUGUUAGAAAACUUCCUAAAGACGAAGAAUCAAAGGAAGAAAUCACUUUGAAACUAGUGGAAAAGGAAAAAAUUGUAGAAACGCCAGAGGAGAUCCGAUUGAAGUCAAUGAAAAGGAUGGACAAACCUGAAGAGCCAAAACCAGAGCAAAUUGUGUUGAAACCUGUUAGAAAACUUCCUAAAGACGAAGAAUCAAAGGAAGAAAUUAUUUUGAAACCAGUGGAAAAGGAAAAAGUUGUAGAAAUACCGGAGGAGAUCAGACUGAAGACAGUGAAAAAGAUGGACAAGCCCGAAGAGCCGAAAACAGAACAAAUGGUAUUGAAACCUGUUAGAAAAUUUACUAUAGAUAAAGAAUCAAAGGAAGAAAUUACUUUGAAAUCAGUGGAAAAAGUUGAAGAAACACCGGAACAGGUCCGAUUGAAGCCAGUGAAAAAGAUAGACAAACCCGAAGAGCCGAAACAAGAGCAAAUUGUAUUGAAACCUGUUAGAAAACUUCCUAAAGACGAAGAAUCAAAGGAAAAAAUCACUUUGAAACUAGUGGAAAAGGAAAAAGUUGUAGAAACACCAGAAGAGAUCCGAUUGAAGCCAGUGAAAAUAAUGAACAAACCUGAAGAACCAAAACCAGAGCAAAUUGUAUUAAAACCUGUUAGAAAACUUCCUAAAGACGAAGAAUCAAAGAAAGAAAUCACUUUGAAACCAGUCGAAAAGAAAAAAGUUGGAGAAAAACCGGAGGAGGUCCAAUUGAAGCCACUGAAAACGAUUGAAAAAUCCGAAGAGCCGAAACCAGAGGAAGUUGUAUUGAAACCUGUUAAAAAGCUCGCCAAAGAAGAAGUAUCAAUGGAAGAAAUUUCUUUGAAACCAGUAGAAAAUAAAGAACCCAAAGACAUAAAGUUACAACCAGUAUCUGAAAUGCUAACAGAAAUUUUAGAGGAAAAACCCAAAGAUAAAGAGGCAGCAGAGAUAAUCGAAACUUCUUGGCGACGUAAACGAACAAAGAAAGUCGUUGAUUUUAAAGAUGAAGUAACUAUAGUGCCUAUUGAUCAAGAAGAAUCUGUUAUAGACGUUUAUGAAGAAAAAGAGGCAAUGAGAAUUACAACUGAAGAUACUCAAGAUCUAUUUGAACAGAAGAUAGAAAUUAUGCCAUUUAAAGAAGAUAAGAUAACAGACGAAGUUAUUACAAGUGAAGUUUCGUGGAGAAAGAAGAAACAAAUACAUUUAAAGACAGAAGAAGAGAAAGAAAUGGUUAUGUUAAAACCCAUUGGAGAAGUGGAAAACUUAGACCUAAAACAACCCGAAGGACAUGUAUUAACUUUUAUAGAAGAUGAAAAAUUACCCGAAGAGAUGUCCGAGAAAGACAGAGUUUUCGAAUUAAUACCCGUAAAGCUUGCGGAGCAAAUAGCAGAAAUUUCAGAAGAGAAAGAUGAAAUCAUUACUGAAUCAGUAACAAAAUCUAAGGUAAAAGAAAAAGUGUCUGAAAAAAUCGCUUCUAAUAUUAUCGAAGAAGAAGCUACCAAGUUACAAAUUAAAGCAGAUAUCACACAAGUAGAAGACCGUAAGAGAAAACGUAGACAACGUACUCAGGUCGACAUAUCAAUUACAGAUAAAGACAAAACGAUAGCUCCAAGAUUUAUCCAAAAAUUACAACCUGUUAUCGCUGAGUUGAAAAAAACUGGUAAAUUUACAUGUACUGUUAUAGGAAAUCCAUUGCCUGAAAUUUCUUGGUAUAAAAAUGAGCAAGAACUCCAUGCGAGGGAAAAAUACAUUAUGACUAUAUUUGAGACAACGGCAACCUUAGAAAUCACAAACGUCCAAGAAGAAGAUGCUGGAAUGUAUUCUUGUAGGGCAUCUAAUCCAGCUGGCGUGGCAACAUCCACUGUCUACCUUGUGAUAUUCGAAAAAGAAGAAGAAGGCAUAGCACCGCAUUUUUCAACGCCGAUUAAACCGUUAAUGAUUGAAGAGCAUACACCUGCUUUAUUAGAAUGCGUUGUAAGCGGUAUACCAAUACCUGAAGUGAAAUGGUAUCGUGACGAAAAAGAAGUAAAACCAAAUGAAAGAACGGAGAUGAGUUUCAACCCAACUACUGGAGAAGCUAAACUGAAAAUUUUAGAACCAAUGCCCGAAGAUGAAACAAUUUAUCGUGUUCGUGCUAUAAAUAAAUAUGGCCGCGCUGAAUGCAGAGCUAAUUUAGUGAUCAGUAACAUCGUUAAAGUGAGCAAACCAAUUGUUCUCAGAGCACCACGAAUUACACGACCUUUGUCCGCUUUAAUAAUUGAGCGCGGAAAGUCUCUGAAACUUCUAGCUGAUUUUGACGGCAUACCGAAACCAGAAGUCAAGUGGUUCCGCAAUGGUAUUGAAAUUACACCGACUAACAAACGCAAAAUAGACAUUUAUGAAAGUACAACCGAAUUAAAUAUAAUAGAAGCAACAAACAAAGAUAGCGGCAAGUAUGAGAUAAGAGUUCAGAAUGAAGUCGGUGAAGCGAGAAGUUCGAGUUCUGUUACUGUUAAAGAACGUAAAGACACUAUGGACGAAGUAAAAGCACCAAUGUUUGUGGAACCUAUUCAGCCUCAACUUGUUGCAGAAGGAGAAGUUGUUAUCAUGGAAACACGAGUGGAAUCAUAUCCAGCAGCAUCUUUUCAGUGGUUCCAUGAAAGCAAACCUCUUCAGUCGACACCACAAGUAAGAAUUGUGACUCAAGAAAAUCGAUCGAUCUUAAUGGUGAAAGAAGUCACAUCAGAAUUUGCUGGCAAUUACACAUGUCGUGCUGAAAAUGUUGGUGGUUCGAUUACUUGUACAGCCACCGUUAAUUUAAUGGAAAUAACAUGGGAAGAAGCAAUUGAAUUAGUCUCACCGACAUUCGUAAAGAGACUCUCACCUGUAAAAGUUAUGGACGGUGAGAGUGUUAAUUUAACCUGCGUCGUUGAAGGAAAACCAACGCCCAGAGUAGAAUGGUAUCACAACGAUAUGCCAAUUAAAGAAGGAAAAGAAAUUACAAUUAUUCAGGAUAUGGAGGGUGUCUGUAGUUUAGCUAUUACCGAAGUAUUCCCGGAAGAUGCUGGAGAAUAUACCUGUCAUGCUGUGAAUCCUGUUGGCGAAACUGUCUGCAUGUCAACGCUUGUUGUUGAAGCGUACGAGUAUGUGCCGGAUUCUGAAAUUGCAUCUUCAAUAGUCGCGACAUCUCUUACCACAGGACAGAGUGGAUCAGAAGAAGAUCUUCUAUCUCCGAAAGAAACUCCUAUCUUCGACACUGAUAUAGAAGAAUCUGUACCAGAGAUAAUUAAGAAGCUUCCUCAGUUAGUUCCUACUAAAAAUGGGGAAUUAACUAGAUUGGAAGUAAAGGUAAAAGGCAAACCAAAACCGAAAGGAAAAUGGUAUAAAGAAGGAGUAGAAAUAGUCUCAUCGCAAGAAUUCCAAAUUGAGGAAUUUGAAGAUGGUACAUCAGUAUUAACAAUCGCCGAAACUUUCCCCGAUGACACUGGUGAGAUCAUAUUUGAAGCUUACAAUCCACUCGGUGUAUCAACUACAACUACGUAUUUAUCAGUGGAAGGUAUACUCGGAACAAAAGAGUACAGAAAACCAGAGUGGGUCACACAGAUGGAAGAAAUGCAAGAGGCUUUAAAAGCUACACAAGCUGUUCCACGAUUUAUCCAAGAAAUAACGGACAUUUAUACAAAAGAAGGAGAUAUCGCUUUGUUUGAAUGUACCUAUUCUGGUAAUCCCAAACCAGAUGUUGUUUGGUAUAAGAAUGAUAAGCUUAUAAUGAAUACGAACAAUGUAAAAGUACGUAUAUUUGAUAAAGAAAACAGAACUACUCUAACAAUUAAGCAAACUACCAAAGAAGACGAUGCCACGUAUGUUUGCAAAGCUACCAAUGAAAUUGGUAUGAUAGUAACAAAAGCGAAACUUCAUAUCGAUACUAGCGAAUCACGGUUAAUGCCGGGCGAUAUCAAAGAAGAAGAAAAGCUAGAUAUAAAGCUUAAAAAACAAGAAGAGAAAUCGCAUAGAAAGAACAAAAUUGAUCUAAAGAAGGCGAAGGAGAUCAAAGAGAAAGUAAAAACUGAACGCCUCAAAAUUGAGAAAGAAGAAGUCCGUGGAGAGAAACUUAUUCCGAAGGAACAGAUAGAAAAAAAAAGAACUAUCGAUGUUGAAGAGACUCAACUAUUAGAAACUACAGAGUUUAUAGAAGAUAAACCCGAAGAGAUUUCUAGAGCACGAAGAAUAGUACCGAUCCAAGAACCAAUUGUAACUGAAGCAAUAGCUUCUUUAAAAAAAAUUGACGAUCAAAAACUACGAGAACAUAUAACUAAAUUUGAAGAACGUGCCACACAAAUUGUCGAAGAGCAAGAAAGUGUUGUCGUGUCAGAAAUCACGAGUGAAGAUAUUGCUCCUGAUUUCGCUAUCGAAACAAAACUUGAUCACGCUCAAGUUACCUCAGAAACUUUACAGAAAGUUGCAGUCUCUGAAGCACGUGUAGAAAGUAGUUUGCAAGAAACGAAACGUAUAGAAACAAGGCAAAAAAAGAUAAAGAAAAUAAAAGCUGAAAAAAUUAAAGAAGAUAUUACUGUAAAAGAGAUUGUGGAGCGACAAAAAGAAAACAUAGCUCGGGAAGUCGAUGAGAUAAUGGAGGUACUUGAUGCGACAGAAUUUGGUCCGGGAGAAUCUCCUCUUCGAGAACUCGCGACAAUUGGCUACUUGGUUCGACAAGGUGUUUCCGUAAACGAAAUUAACGAAUGCCUUUACAAGACUGAGAUUUUUCCUGCUCUAAAGACUCCCGAUGCUCAAAAUGCUUUGGUUCAAUUGGUGGAAAGAAAAGGCCAUGGUCCCUUGAUCACCCAAGUACUUACCGAGGAGACGACAACUGACGAAAGUUUCGUUGCUGCAACAGUCGGUUUUCGUGCUUUUAUGAGAAUGGUUGAGCUUCAGCAUGCAACUGUGGAAGAAAUCAUUAUACACUUUGCUCCAGAAGAUUUCAAACCACGUGCUUGGGAAGUUACAGAAGUUUCCGAGGUUGAUACUGAGCAACAUGCUACGGAAAGAGUAGAUAUCGUUCGCAAAAUGGAAGUUCAUUUUAUAGAGAGGGAGGACGAAAGAAAAGCUACUCACAUACAGGAUAUUCGAGAAAUUAAAGAAUACGAGGACACACGGCAGGCACACACAACAUUGCGCAAACGCAAAGAUAAAAAACCAAGGGAUCAAAUUGAAGAAACAACACAAGAUAGGGAAGAGGGGGUUCAAUCUAUAAAAAUCGAGGAAGUCGAGGAGAUUGAUAAAGAAAGAAAAAAGGAAGAAAUCGAAGAAGAGAUUAUUGAACUCGAACGAGAUUCAAAGGGCAGAUUGAUUCGCAAACAAAAACAAAAAGAAAUAGAAAAACAAAUAAACAUAGAAGAGGAAGAAGAAACUAUUAAAAAAAUUAGAAAGACAUUAAUACCAAAAAGAUCAAACAUCGGUAGAAAUGAGAUACAACUGGAAGAGAUAGAAGAAUUUGAAGUAACAAAAGAUCAAUUACUGCCGUCUAUGGUUUUAAAUGUAUCUAGUCAACGAAAUCAAGUAAUACCAUUAGAUCAUACAAUCGAACAAGCACCUGGCAAACCCGAAUCAGAGAAAGCUAAAUUCACAUUAGACACUGUUAUCGCGCUAAUGGAACAAAUGACAUCAGUACACGAAAAAGAAAUUGAUCAAGUAGCAAGUACCAAACCUAUCGAACAUAAAGCGUCAAUAUCAAUCUCAUCGAUAGAACCAUAUUCUACCAUGGAAACUACUGCACAUAUAUCUACUGAUGAAUUUUUUGGAUCUUUCAAAACUACUUCUUAUGAAGCUACACCUUCUGUAAUAACGAAAGAAAGUCUUCUCAUCAGCGAAACACUGACUCACGAUGAAAGUGUGUCAAAUCUAACUUUGAUCACACCAGAAACAAGUCGAAAAGCGGAUGUGCAGGUCACUGUGCAAGAAGCUACAACUAUUAGAGAGACCAUAGUUAAUCAAAGCGAAAUACCGACCGAAGAUUUUAUAACACCUUUAAGCGUUAAAGCAGGAGACAUUGUCUUACCACAAAUAUCACUUUCGGUUUAUGAAAUACAAGAAGGUUUGGUUGAAAAUAAAUUGGAACCUACGAAAACGGUACUUACAAAACCUCGAGUUAACAUCAAUGCAAUAGAACCGUUGAUAGUAGAAGAAAUUCAUUCUGAGGAUAAACCAGGAAAAUAUUAUCCGGAGUUAAUAGUACCUACUGAAGUCGCUACCAAAUCGAUAAUUUCGCAACGACAACGCGUUACCGAAGAGAUGAAUGCACCCGAAAAAGAAGGAGCAUACAUUCCAGGUAGAUUACCACCGAGUCAAACGGCUCAAAUUGAAAUUUCCUAUGGAAAUGAAACGGCUAUUAUUCGUCAUGAUCUCGUACAGGAGCGUGAAGGCGAAUAUAUUCCCGAGCGUAAAGUGGAUUCUUUCGAAGUUACUCCAAAUAUCACUCUUUUGGAAGGAAUCACGAUAUCAAUGAUCGAUACUCAACAAAAAGAAGAUAAUUUGACAAUCGAAGAUAGUAAACAAAUCACAGCUGACUUGAAUGUCGUUGAAAUUAUGUCAGCUGUGACGGUGGAAACGAUGACAUCUGAAAAAGAACAAGAUUAUCAUCCUGAAGAAAAGCCUACUACUAAAUUAGCCGUUACAUCGAUUUCCCCAUUGGAGAUUGGUUCUGUAACAGACACAAUUGUUCAAGAAUCUGAAGGAACUUAUAGUGUCAAUGAGAAACCGUUCGAAGUAUUGGCGGAAACAUCAGUCAGACCGGAGGAACACAUAUUGAUAUCUCAAGUUCAAACCGCAGACUAUCCCGCGGAUUUGAAAGAUAUACUCAAGUAUGUUACAGAGAGCGGUGUUGUAUCCAUUCAAUUAACCGAAGCAAAAACUGUCCUUGAAACGCUUAUUCAUGAUCGAGAGACUGGCAUGAAGGAAGAUACUAAACCGGAAAUCCAUACGAUCGAGACGAUCUACGAUGCAAUCAGAGGUAUUGAAAUAUCGCAAACAACUUUUGGAGAAAAAGAAGCCGAAUUGAAAAUUUUUGAAAUGCCUGAAUCACAUCGCGGAAAAACGGUACCUACUCAUCCAAUGAUCUCGCUUGAAGUUCAGGAAAUCCAACCUGAAAAUAAUUUAGGUAAAGUCAUGAAAGAAGCCGUAUCAACUGCUACAGCUCAAAUCGAAACAGUCAGUCUUCAAGAAAUAAUUAUUGAUGAGACUGUUGCAGCAGAAGAUGUAGCUCCGACGAGGAAAGAUAAGACUCCUGAAACAAUGAUCGCCGUUAUUUCAAUGAAUCAGAUUGAGAGCUUGCACACUACAAUGAUUGUAGCGGAUGAAAAAGAAACUGAAUAUCUUGAUACAACCGAUGUUAAAAGUGCGUUUGCAAAUACUGAAUAUAUGACGCAAGUGGCUCCUAUAUACGAACAAGUAAAGAUAGAAUCGCCGACCGAAGAGUACCUAGCGGUAGACAAACCUGUGAGUGGAAAAGCAUAUCCAUCUCAUAUUCCUAUAGAAACUAUCAGUAUCGUUAUGCAAGAAACCGCAGAAAAGGAAGAUGUUUAUAAAACAGACAUAAAACCCAAGGAAAAGAUGGUGAACAUUAAACUCACGGAUACGAGGCCUGGCGCCAGCGUUCUAGAAAUAAUUCCACAUGAUCUCGAAAAUAUUUACACGCCAGAUACUGGACCACAGACUCAUACGGUUGAGUCGUCCAUAACUGGUCACACCAUCGCGUCAAAGGCAGAGAUCUUAGUGGAACAAAGUGCUGGAAAAAUAAGCAGUGAUCUACCAAAAUCAGGUAAAGCAAUAAUACAACAAGAAGCUCUGGAAGAAUUGAUAGUAACAGAAACAAAUGUCGGCGAAGCAGAACGAAUCAGGGAUGAGGAUGCGAGUCUUGUUAAACAAAACGCCGCACUUCAAGUAUGCGCUCAAUCUGAAAAUUUGACCGUCACUGAAGUAACUACCGUAUUGAAGGAGGAAGAAUUAUUAAUGAAAAAGUUACCAGACGAACAAAGAGUUGUGUUAGACAUAACCGAGGGCCAUGAAAUAGCUGAAACACAGGAGAUGAUUCUUGCGAGCAAUAUAAGUGCAUUGAAAGAAGAAAAACCACAUCAAGAAAGUGUCAAUCAAUUGCAGAGCGGACUAGAUGUUGUACAACAAAUGGAAAUAUCAGUAUCUGAGAAAGAAUCUCCUUUAGAAACGGAUGUAAAACCUAAUAUUAAAAAGGUUGGUAUUACUUUUCAAGAAGGAGAAAGUCUGACAAUUGAAAUUACGCAUCCUGAAGACAAAGAAGAUAUACUUGGUGAAAAACAGACGCCAAAAACAGCCGAAGCUACAAUAGACGUAGUAACACAAAAUAUAGCCUCGACAUUUGAAAUUGUUAGUGGCGUCGUUCCAAUUGAAUUAUCUACCAAACCUAUCCAAGAUGCACGUCCUAAAGCGACAUUAUUACCAUUUGAAACAGUCGUUGCUGAAGAAGUGCAAACAAGAGAAACUGAAAAGCCUUUUCCUCAUAUGUUGGUACCAGAGAAAAAAGCUAAUUUUAAAUUUGUAAUGGGUGAAGUUCUUGUUGUUUCUUCUGUAACAACGGGUGACAAAGAAAGCGUGUUUGCAGAAAUGGAAAAACCACAAUCAAAAUCUGCUACUUUCGAUAUUCCUACUUAUACCGUGGCAGAAGCGACUGAAAUAACCGCAACUGACAACAUUAGUGAAUUAAUGCGCGAAGAAACGAUUUCCGCAAUGGCUAUGACCGAGCAUAUAACUCAUCAUAGUAUCGUUACAUCCGAAAUGUCAACCGGUGACUUAGAACAGCGUAUGCUUGAUUUCGUCAAACCAGAUAAAAAGAGAGUGGAUAUAUCGUUCGAAGAAGAAACAAGCAUAACAGUGACUGAAACAAUUACAUCUGAUAAGGAGCGAGAAUAUUUGAAGAAACCGGAUAUUCCAGGUGAAAAAAUUAACACCAGCUUUGACGCUCAUAAAAUAGCUGAACUUACUGAGAUUACACUAGCCAUUUAUCCAGGAGACCUCAAUGUGAAAACACCAGAGACAGCAGCAGCAAAAGAGGAACGUUUGCCGUUUGAGAGUAUUAUUCAAAGCGAAACUAUUGCAACAGAAACAGAAAUAGAAUUUCAAGAUAAACAAACCAAAACCGACACUGCUCGAAUAUCCGUCGAUGAGAUUAUCAGUGCUACUAUGUCUACUGAGAUUUUAGGCGAAAAGGAAGAUAUUCUUCAAAUUCCCGAAAAACCAACAGAGAAAAAAGCUGAGAUUCAAUUUGCCGGACAUAUUAUUGCUGAGAAGAGUGAAAUCACUCCAAAUUCUAGCGCUGGAGAAUUGAUAGAGACAAAACCGACUUCUAUUUCAGCCAUAUUCUCGAAUAUUCCGUUAGAGGCAAUAGUAGCAAUAGAAACUCAACCAACGGAAAUGGAGACCAUACUCAAAAAAGAUAAAAUACCAUCGAUGGUUGAAGCUGAUCUUUCCAUGAUAACGGAACAAAGUGUACAGGUAUCUUCGGUAAUUUCAGAGGAUAAAGAAACAGAAUAUAAGCCGAAGGAAAUACCAAAAACAAAAACAGCAGAGAAAGCUCUAAUCGGAACUCAUGGCGUCGCCGAAAUAACAAUACAAAUUGCUAAUUUUAGCACUGGUGAAAUUGUUACUGGCGAAGCGCCACAGGUUGCCGUCGCAAUUCCAGAUCAUAUAGUGUUUAAUCCACUAGUAGAAUCACAACUUGUUAUUCAAGAAGGAGAAGAACAAUUUACGCCAGCAUUAACGCCGGAAAAUAAAAUUGUAAACAUUGCUAUGGAAGAAGGUAAAGUCAUCGCGAGUAUAAAACAUAUAACAUCAGCAGAUAAAGAAUCGACAUAUAUCGUCGAGGAACAACCGCGUCAACACGCUGCUUCAUUCGAUAUCGAUGCUACUCACAGUAUAGCAGAAACGACCGCGGUAGCUAUUGAACAUUCUGUAGGAAAAGUAAACAUUAAAAAACCAGACGUUAAAAUCGUAUCACCUACACAUGAGGUAUAUCAAAGUCUUUUAGUAACUGAAGACAUGAUUCAAGAUCAAGAGAAACCCUUCAAAGACAAAUUCACGCCAGAAAUACACAAAAUAGAAUUAUCUGUCGAAGAAGGUAAGCGCGUUACCUCUGUUACGGAAAUUAAAAUAGCUGACAAAGAAGCUCCCCUUGAAACAUUACAGGAAGAUAAAUCUCGCUUGGCACUCUCGGUUAUUGUUCCUGGUCACGAAGUCGCUGAGAGAUCUGAAAUAAUUACCAGUUUAAGUACAGGUGAAAUGAACGAAAUUAUAGUACCAACAAAAGUAACCGCGCUAAUUGGUCAAAAACCGUUUGAGACAGUACAAUUCUCCGAACAAACCUUAGUGGAGAAAGAAAUAGAUAGGAUUCAGAAAACGCCAUUAACAAAAACAAAAGCGCAUGUUAUUUUAGAUGAAAAUAGAUUUGUUGCCAUUACAGAAUCUAUUAAUGCUCAAAACAUUGAAAAGGAAUUUACUACAAAGAAACUUCGUCUUGAAGCGGCAAAUCUUUUAAUGGAAGGUAAAGAAGUAGCUGAACGAACGGAAAUAAAUUUACGCGAAGAACUCGGAGAAUUACCUUCAGCAAUGAAACCGAUUGUAUGCGAAGCACAUAAAACACAAUCUACUUUGGAAGGUAUUGACGUCAGCGAAAUGGUUCCUCAAGAGCAAGGUGCAAUAUUCACUGAUAAAUUCAAACCCGAUAAGCGUAGUGCCGAGAUUAGCUUCAUCGAAGGGAAAAGUAUUACCGUAGAUCAUAUCUUAACACAAGACAAAGAAGAAACGAUGACUGUUCCGAAAUAUGAAGAGAGUAUGGCAAGAGUAAAAUUAGCAAAACUUGGUAUGGAUAUUGCCCAAAAAGCUCAAAUAUUUAUCGAGCAAAAUACUGGACCGAUUAAACCUUUCGAAAAGAUACAAGCCGAAGCUCACAUAAAACAAGACACAUUUCAACCUAUCAUAGUUCAUGAAGUUCCAAGUGCGGAAAGCGAAUGUACUUUCGAUAAGUAUCCGAAGAUAAUAUUCAGUAUAGCUAUGCCAACAUUCGAAGAAGGCCAUGGUGUAUUUAUUACGGAGAUAACAUCUGCCGAAGUCGAAGCAUCAUUGGAAGAGAAGAGACAUGAAAUAUCGCGAACAGCUGUCGAUACUAUUGUUACUGAGCACGAUAUGAUAGAGACCACAAUGGUAGAAUCGCGAGUAGACGUAUCUGAACAACCUUCAAAUUAUAAUUCAACACCUCAAAUUGCCACAUCAGUUCAAGACACGUUUGAAAGCAUUAUUGUUAACGAGAAUAUUGUUGAAGAAAGCGAGAAGACUUUCGAUGAUCUUUUCAAACCUGCGUCACAAAAAGCGAAUAUUGAUAUAACGGAGAUAAAGCCAUUACAGAUUUCACAAACAAUUAUCGAAGACAAGGAAGGGAUGUUGAAUAUUGUUUCAAAGCGAACUGAAGUCAAAGCUACAUCAGAUAUCGAUUUAUUCCAAACUAUUGAAGGUUCUUUCGUAGAAAGUAUACAAAAUACUCGAGAGCUUCGAGAAGAAAAACCACUUUCCUCUCAAGCGACUAUGAUUCAGACCACGGUGGAAUCAAUAGUAAAGUCAGAAACAACACCAGCCGAAAGAGAAGACAUCUUUGAGUGCAAAUUCCAACCCGAAGGGCAGAAAGGCAAACCACAAUUCGAAAGUCUUACGACGGUUGUAAUUACUGAGACAGCUUCUAAUGAAAUCGAAGAUAUCUUACCUGAAGCCGUUACACCAAAACAACAUCAGGCACAAUUAAAGUUGACAGGCAGAGAAACCGCGGAAAUUUUUCAAAUAGUAACAGCAAAUACAACCGAAGAUUUUGCAAAAUCUACUAAAUUAUAUAAACAAAGAGGUAAACCAGGACUCGAAGAAUUGUCAUCCUUAACUGUUUCCGAAAUUAUUUCCAAUGAAGUUGAAAAUCUUUUAGCUAGUAAAGUUAUUCCAAAAGAUAGCAAGGCUGAUUUCAAUAUUUCUGGUAGAGAAGUCGCUGAAACAAUUGAAGUAACAACAUUAUCCGAGACCAAUGAACUUGCUAUAGGAGGACCUGAGGAACAGAAAGGCAAUCAACAAAUCAAUGAAUUAAUUCCACUGACUAUUUCACAAGUAAUUUCUAAUGAGGCCGAAGAAACAUUAAUUAGCGCUAAGCUUCCUGCGGGGAAAACAGCACAACCAAAUAUGUUAGGUAGAGAUAUCGCGGAAACAACACUAGUUUUAACAAUGACUAAUGCCGAAGAACUCAUUCCUAAAAAAGAAACCGAAAAACAGAAAGGUAAACCCAGUCUCGAAGAAUUCAUGCCAUUAAUAGUUUCACAAACAGAAUCUCAAGAAACUGAAAAUGUUCUUGAUAGCCCCAACAUACCAACUGAGAAAACGGCGCAAACAAGUUUAUAUGGCAGAGACAUAGCAGAAACUACAGAAAUAACGACUGCGUUAAGUCUAAAUAAAUUUGUUAAACUUCAAAAGCCCGAAAUACAAAAGGGAAAACCAAAUCUCGAAGAAUUAUUAUCCUUAAGUAUAACGCAAAUUGUAUCCAGUGAAGCGGAAGCUCUAAUGCCUAGUCCGGAAAUACCUAUGGAAAAAAUGGCGCAAACUAAUUUAUCUGGUAGAGAUGUAGCUGAAACUAGUCAAGUUUUAACGAUGAUGAGCACAGAAGAACUUUCAAAUCAGAUAUCACCUGACGAACGCGAAGGGAAAGUACAAGUAGAAGAAUUAUUGUCCUUGACUAUAUCUCAAAUAUUAUCUCAUGAAACCGAAGAAACUUUCGAGAGUUCCAUUGCACCUAAUAGACUCACUGCGGUGCCUACGAUGUCUGGUAGAGAAAUUGCCGAGACUUCUCAGGUGCUUACUGUCACAAAUGCUGAAGAACUUUCAAGACCUAAAAGUCCAACAAAACAGAAAGGUAAACCACAAUUAGACAAACUUUCCUCACUUUUGGUUUCUCAAGUAAUAUCUACAGAGACAGAAGCACAACUGUCAAGUCUAGAAAAAUUAGAGGAGAAAACAGCUAUACCAUGUUUCUUAGGUAGAGAAAUAGCUCAGAAAAUCGAAAUUAUAACCGCUGCAACUGUAGAACAAAUACCCGAAUUGAAGGAAAUAAAUAAUCAAAAAGGAAAGCCAAGCAUUGAACAAAUGAGUUCUGUUACUGUGUCUGAGGUAAUUUCUACGGACACAGAACAAGAAUUACCGAGACCAGAGAUUCCAAAACAGCAAAAAGCUCUUCCAAAACUACCCAGCAUAGAAGUCGCGGAGAUGUCAGAAGUUUUGACAGUGAGUAACGUUGAAGAGCUUGCAAGAUCACAAGUUCCCGAAGAACAUACAGGUAAACCAAACUUAGAAGAACUAAUGCCAUUGUCGAUCUUUGAAGUAUCUUAUAAUGAAGCAGAAAAAGAAUUACUUACACCAGAUGAACCAACUAAACAAAUAGCCGAAAAAACUAUGCUAGGCAUGCGCGUUGCCGAGAAGUCACAAGUAUUUUCGUCGUUGACAACGGAGGAGAUGGCAGAGUUAGCUAAACCUUUGAUAAAAAAACUAACACCAGAACAAAUACCAUUUGAGAGUAUACAACAAAUUGAGUCAAUUAUUCAUGAAAGCGAAAGUUCAUUUCUUCCCGAUAAAAAGACACCAAGUACCACAGCCGAAGUUUCAUUCGGCGUUUCUGAAGGUGUCGAAAUUAUUCAAAUAACCGCAACAGAGAAGGAAACAAAGGAAGUUGUCAAAAACCUGGAAGAAGCAGCUAAACAGACAGCUGAGCAAAGAAUGCAGAGCAUUCACGUUGCAGAAAAUACUCAGGUGAUUACAUUGUCAACAACAGAAGAGAUGAUGACAUUUAUUAAGCCAGAGAUAAAGAAAAUAAUACCCGAACAAAUACCGUAUAUAAGCAUACAGCAAAUUGAAUCAAUUUCUCACGAAAGCGAGCAUUCGCUUCUUCCUGAUAAGAAAACACCAAGUAAAAAAGCCGAUAUUUUAUUCCGCGUUUCCGAAGGCGUCGAAGUUUUCCAAGUAACUGCUACGGAGAAAGAAGCAAAAGAAGUAAUAAAAAGUUUGGAAGAAGCAAAUCAACAAAUAGCCGAGCAGAGCAUGUUAAGCAUGGGCGUUGCAGAACAGUCACAAGUAAUUGCAUCGUCAACAACAGAGAACAUGAUUGAAUCCGUUAAGCCGGAAAUAAAGAAAUUAAUACCAGAACAAAUACCGUUUGAGAGUAUACAACAAACUGAAUCGAUUUCUCAUGAAAGAGAAAGUUCGAUUGUUUCUGAAAAAGAUACAGCCACUGCAACGGCCGAUAUUACAUUCCGCGUUUCUGAAGGCAUCGAAGUUAUUCAGGUAACUACUACGGAAAAGGAAACGAAAAAUAUCAUAGAAAGUUUUGAAAAAGCAACGAAACAGAUAGCUGAACAAACCAUACCGAUUAUGCGUGUUGCAGAACAAUCUCAAACUAUUACUUCAUCAACAACAAAAGAGAUGGUAGAAUCUACAAAACCUGAGAUAAAGAGAAUAAUACCAGAACAAAUACCAUUUGAAAGUGUACAACUGAUUGAAUCAAUUCCUCAUGAAAGUGAACGUUCACUUCUCCUAGAUAAGAAAGUACCAACUACAAUGGCUGACAUUUCAUUCCGCGUUUCCGAAGGAGUCGAAGUUAUUCAAGUAACAGCUACUGAAAAAGAAACAAAAGAAAUAGUAAAAAAAGAAAAAGAAGCAAUUAAACAGACAGCAGAGCAAAAUAUACUGGGUAUACGCGUUGCAGAACAGUCGCAAGUAAUUGCGUCGUCAACAACAAAAGAAAUUAUAGAAUUUGGUAAACCUGAAAUAAAGACAAUAAUACCGGAACAAAUACCGUUUGAAAGCAUACAACAAACCGAGUCAAUCCCUCAUGAAAGUGAACAUACACUUGUCCCUGAUAAGAAGACACCAAGUACAAAGGCUGAUGUCUCAUUCCGUGUUUCCGAAAGUGUCGAAGUUAUUCAAGUAACUGCUACAGAGGAGGAAACAAAAGAAGUUGUAAAAAGUGUGAAAGAAGUAACUAAACAAAUAGCGGAGCAAGGCAUAUUAAGCAUGUCCGUUGCUGAAAAAACCCAAGUGGUUACAUCAUCGACAACGGAGGAAAUUAGAGAAUCUUCAAAGCCUGAUGUAAAGAAAAUUAUUCCAGAACAAAUACCGUUUGAGAGUAUACUACAAACCGAAUCAAUUCUUCAUGAAAGAGAAAGUUUGCUUCUCCCCGAUCAGAAAACGCCAAGUACAAAGGCCGAUGUUUCAUUCCGCGUUUCUGAAGGCGUCAAUGUUAUUCAAGUAACCGCUACGGAGGAGGAAACGAAAGAUGUUACUAAAAGUGUAGAAGAAGCAACUAAACAAGUAGCCGAACAGAGCAUGUUAAGCAUGCCUGUUGCUGAAAAAACUCAAGUAAUAGCGUCGUCGACAAUACAGGAAAUUAAAGAAUUUUCCAAACCUGAGGAAAAGAAAGUCAUUCCACAGGAAAUACCAUUCGAGAGCAUACAACAGAUUGAAGCAAUUGCUAAUGAAAGGGAACAUUUGCUUCUCCCUGACGAGAAGACACCUAGUAUAAAGGCUGACGUUUCAUUCCGAGUGUCUGAAGGAGUCGAAGUUACCCAAGUAAUCACUACGGAGAAGGAAACUAAAGAAAUCGUAAAAGGCUUGGAAGAAACAGUUAAACAAGUCGCCGAACAUAGCAUGCUCAGUAUGCCCGUUGCUCAAAAAUCUCAAAUGACUGUAUCAUCAACAACAGAAGAGAUGAUAGAAUCUAUUAAGCCUGAAACGAAAAGAAUAAUUCCGGAGCAGAUACCAUUUGAGAGUAUACAACAAAUUGAAUCAAUUCCUCAUGAAAGAGAACGCUCGCUUCUUCCGGAUAGAGAAACAUCAAUCGCAACGGCCGAUGUUACAUUCCGCAUUUCCGAAGGCAUCAAAGUUAUACAAAUAACCGCUACAGAAAAGGAAAUAAAAGAAGUUGUAAAAGAAGAAACAACUAAACAAAUAGCUGAUCAGAGUAUGUUAGGUAUGCUCGUCGUAGAACAAUCUCAAGUAGUUACAUCAUCAACAACAGAAGAGAUGAUGGAGCCUGCUAAGCCAGAGAUAAAGAAGAUAAUACCUGAACGAAUACCGUUUGAAAGUAUACAACAAAUCGAAUCAAUUCCUCAUGAAAGAGAAAAUUUGCUUCUCCCCGAUAAGAAAACGCCAAGUACAAAGGCCGAGGUUUUAUUCCGUGUUUCCGAAGGCGUCGAAGUUAUUCAAGUAACAUCCACGGAGGAGGAAAUAAAAGAAUUUGCAAAAAGUGUGGAAGAAGCAACUAAACAAGUAGCCGAGCAGAGCUUGUUAAGUAUGUCCGUUGCUGAAAAAAUCCAAGUGGUUCCGUCAUCAACAACAGAGGAAAUUAUAGAAUCUUCCAAGCCUGAAAUAAAGAAAAUUGUCCCAGAACAAAUGCUAUUCGAAGGUAUACAACAAACCGAAGCAAUUCCUCAUGAAAUCGAACGUUUGCUUCUCCCCGAUAAGAAGACACCAAUUACAAAAGCUGAUAUUUCGUUCCGUGUUUCCGAAGGUGUUGAAGUUAUUCAAGUAACAGCUGCGGAGGAAGAAACAAAGGAAGAUAUAAAAAGUAUGGAAGAACCAAACAAACGAGUAGCCGAUCAAAGCAUGUCAAGUAUUUCUGUUGCUGAAAAAACUGAAGUUUUUACGUCAUCAACAACAGAGGAAAUUACAGAAUCUUCCAAGCCCGAAGUGAAGAAAAUUAUUCCAGAACAAAUACCGUUAAAAAGUAUACAACAAAUCGAAUCAAUUCCUCACGAAAGUGAACGUUUGCUUCUUUUCGAUAAGAAAACACCAAUUACAAAAGCUGAUGUUUCAUUCCGUGUUUCCGAAGGAGUCGAAGUUAUCCAAGUAACCGCUAUGGAGGAUGAAACAAAAGAAGUUGUAAAAAGUGUGGAGGAAGCAACUAAACAAGUAGCCGAGCAAAGCAUGUUGAGUAUAUCCGUUGCUGAAAAAACCCAAGUGGUUCCGUCAUCAACAACAGAGGAAAUUAGAGAAUCUUCAAAGCCUGAAGUAAAGAAAAUUAUUCCAGAACAAAUACCGUUUGAGAGUAUACUACAAACCGAAUCAAUUCUUCAUGAAAGAGAAAGUUUGCUUCUCCCCGAUCAGAAAACGUCAAGUACAAAGGCCGAUAUUUCAUUCCGCGUUUCUGAAGGCGUUAAAGUUAUCCAAGUAACUGCUACGGAGGAGGAAACGAAGGAUUUUACUAAAAGUGUAGAAGAAGCAACUGAACAAGUAGCCGAACAGAGCAUGUUAAGUAUGCCCGUUGCUCAAAAAUCUCAAGUAAUUACAUCAUCAGAAACAAAGGAAAUUAUAGUGUCUGCCAAGCCUGAGGAAAAGAAAAUCAUUCCAGAACAAAUACCGUUCGAGAGUGUACUACAAACCGAAUCAAUUCUUCAUGAAAGAGAAAGUUUGCUUCUCCUCGAUCAGAAAACGCCAAGUACAAAGGCCGAUGUUUCAUUCCGCGUUUCUGAAGGCGUCAAAGUUAUCCAAGUAACCGCUACGGAGAAGGAAACAAAAGAUGUUGUAAAAAGUGUAGAAGAAACAACUAAACAAGUAGCCGAACAAAGCAUGCUAAGUAUGCCCGUUGCUCAAAAAUCUCAAGUAAUUACGUCAUCAGAAACAGAGGAAAUUAUAAUGUCUGCCAAGCCUGAAGAAAAGAAAAUCAUUCCAGAACAAAUACCAUUUGAGGGCAUACAACAAAUUGAACCAAUUUCUCAUGAAAGCGAACGUUUACUUGUUCCUGAUGAAGGAAUGACAAACGCAACAGCUGAUGUGUCAUUCCGCCUUUCCGAAGGAGUCGAAGUUAUCCAAGUAAUCGCUACGGAGAAAGAAAUAAAAGAAGACGUAAAAAAUUUGGAAGAAAUAAUUAAACAAAUAGCCGAUCAAAGCAUGUUAAGCAUGGCAGUUGCUGAAAAAUCUCAUGUGAUUACGUCAUCAUCAACGAAAGAAAUGAUGGAAUUCGUUAAACCUGAUGUAAAGAAAAUAACAGCAGAACAAAUACCAUUUGAGAGUGUACAACAAAUAGAAACGAUUCCUCAUGAAAGUGAACGUUCUAUUAUUGUUGAAAAAGUGGUAGCAAGUACUUCAGCCGAAGUUUCAUUUCGCAUUUCUGAAGGUGUUGAAGUUAUCCAAAUAACUCCUACGGAGAAAGAAGCAAAAGAAGUCGUCAAAGGUCUCGCUAAGGAAGAAAUCGCGCAAGCGGAUAUAAUUGAACGAAAAGUUGCUCUAAAAACUGAAAUUCAUCCGGAAAAUGUAGUAUCGGAAUUCAGUGUUCCAAAACCAGAUAGUAAAACAGCUCAUGACGUAAAAGAUGAAAAGCAAAGUAUAAUUGUUACUGAAUUGCAACACAUUACUGAAAUUGAAUCAAAUCUGUCUGAACCCGUAAUUCCAAUAGUACCAAAAAUAGCAAGCUCAUCUUUUGAAGCCGACUACUUAGAAAAAAUUUUAGAAACUACAGAAGCAUCAGAGCAACAACAUCAUAUCACAGUCACACAACACACCACAAUACACGAAACAAAACAACCAACAAAUGAAUCUGAUACUGAAGUAAUUGAAGAAUAUACCACAAAAUUUAAAACCGACACUAAAGAAAAUGAAAUGGCAGCGAUUAAAACCAAGAAAACUACAAUUCGUAAAAAGAAACCAAAAACUAAAUCAGAAGAAAAAGUUGUAGUAAUUGAAGAAGAAAUAGAAGACAUAAAACCACAAGUACCAUCCAUACCAAAAAAACAAUUUAUGCAUAUCGAAGAAGUAACAGGACAAAUAGAAAUAGAAGAAAUAGUACCAACAAAAAUUGAAGAAGUAGAAGAAACAACUCAAAAUCAAGAAGAAAUAAAAACGGUAGUAAAACAAAACAAUGGAGAUAUAACAGUUAUAGAAGAAAAACAAUUAUUAAUAAGUACACCUAUAGAUAAACGAAAAGAAAAAAUCGUUUCUCCUGUACCACAUUCUAAAUUCGUCAAACCCUUUGAACAGGAGGAAAUAAGGAAACAAGUGACAGUGACUGAAGAGGUAAUCGAAGGAAAGAAACCGAAAAAGAUAAUUAAAAAGAAAAUCAUUAAACGUAAAGGAAAGAAACAGCAGGUAACAGAAGAAACAACAAUAGAAGAAAAAGGACAAAUACCUGUAACAACAAUUAUAGAAGGUCCAGUAGAAGAAGUCAUUCAAGAAUCUGUUCUUUCAUUAUUAUCUUCUGAAUUCACAGAACCCCUUGAAAAGGAAGAGGUAAAAGAGGAAGUAACAGUAACUGAAAUAAUGGAGGAGAAGAAACCCCAGAAAAUAAUUAAAAAGAAAGUUAUCAAACGUAAAGGACAGAGACAGCAAAUGAUCGAAGAAAUAACUGUAGAAGAAGAAGGACGAUUACCUGUAACUACAGUUAUAGAGGGACCAAUGGAGGAAAUCAUCGAAGAGAUUAUUCUUCCUAUAUCACAUGUGGAAUUCAUCAAACCCGUUGAAGAAACAAGGGAGCAAAUAACAGUGACUGAAGAAGUAAUCGAAGGAAUAAAACCGAAAAAGACCACUAAAAACAAAAUAAUUAAACGCGGAAGACAGAAAGAGCAGGUGACGGAAGAGACAACGCUAAAGGAAAAGAAACUACCUAUUACUACAGAUACGGAAGGUCCAGUAGAAGAAAUCGUCGAAGAAACCGUACUUCCUGUACCACAACUCAAAUUCGCCUUUGAAGAGGAAAUGAGGAAGCAAGUAACAAUAACUGAGGAAAUAAUCAAGGAAGAAAAAUCAAAAAAGACUUCUAAAAAUGAAAUUAUUAAAGGGCAGGAACAACAGGUAACAGAAGAGAUAAUAAUAGAUUCAAAGAAACAACUACCUGUAACAACAAUUAUUGAAGGUCCACAAGAGAUUACUGAAGAAACUGUAUUCCUUUUGCCACAGACUGAAUAUGCAAAGCUCCUUGAAGAGGAGGAAAUAAGAGAGACGGAGCAAGUUAUAGUGAUUGAAGAAUUAAUUGAAGGGAAAAAACCAAAAAAAAUCACUAAAAAGAAAGUUAUUAAACGUAAAGGACAGAAACAACAAGUGACAGAAGAGACAACAAUAGAGGAAAAGGGACAACUACCUGUAACAACAAUUACGGAAGGUACGGUAAAAGAAUUCGUCGCAGAAAUCAUACUUCCUCCACUACAACCUGAAUUCGCUAAGCCUCUUGAAGAGGAGGAAAACAAGGAGCACGCAACUGUAACUAAAGAAGUAAUCGAAGAAAAGAAACCGAAAAGAAUCACUAAACACAAAAUAAUUAAACAUAAAGGACAAAAGAAACAGGAGACGGAAGAAACAACUAUAGAAGAACAGAGACAACUACCUAUAACAAUAGUUACGGAAGGUACAGUAGAAGAAAUUGUACUUUCUCCCCCUCAACUUGAAUUCGCCAAACCCCUUGAAGAAGAGGAAAUACGGAAGCAAGUGAUUGAAGAAGCAAUCGAAGGAAAGAAGCUAAAAAAAAUCACUAAAAAGAAAAUUAUUAAACACAAAGGACAAAAGCAACAGAUGACAGAAGAAACAACUAUACAGGAACAGGAACAACUACCUGUAACAGUCGUGGAAAGUCCGGUAGACGAAAUCAUUGAAGAAACUAUACUUUCUCUACCACAAUCCGAAUUUGCUAAGCGCAAUGAAGAGGAAGAAAUAAGGAAGCAAGUAACAAUAACUAAGGAAAUAAUUGAGGGUAAAAAACCGAAAAAGAUAACUAUGAAGAAAAUUAUUAAACGUAAAGGACAAAAACAGCAAGUGACAGAAGAGACAAUCAUAGAGGAAAAGGGUCAACUACCUGUAACAACAGUUAUGGAAAGUCCAGUACAAGAAUUUGUUGAAGAAACUAUACUUCCUCUAUCACAAUCCGAAUUCAAUAAGCCCUUUGAAGAAGAAGACAUAAAGGAGCAAGUAACAGUAACUGAGGAAAUAAUUGAGGAUGAAAAACCGCAAAAGAUAACUACGAAGGAAAUUAUUAAACGUAAAGGACAGAAACAGCAAAUGACAGAAGAGAUAACAAUAGAGGAAAAGGGUCAACUACCUGUAACAACAAUUAUAGAAAGUCCAGUAGAAGAAGUUGUUGAAGAAACUGUAUUUCCUCUGUUACAACUCAAAUUCGAUAAGCCCUUUGAAGAAGAAGACAUAAGGGAGCGAGUAACUGAGGAAAUAAUUGAGGGUGAAAAACCGAGAAAGAUAACUACGAAGAAAAUUAUUGAGCGUAAAGGACAGAAACAGCAAGUGACACAAGAAACAACUGUAGAGGAACAAGGACAGUUACCCGUAACAAUAAUUACAGAAGGUCCAUUAGAAGAAAUCGUUGAGAAAACUAAAUAUUCUAUGCCACAAUUCAAAUUCGCUAAGUCCUUUGAAGAAGAAGACAUAAGGGAGCAAGUAACAAUAACUGAGGAAAUAAUUGAGGGUGAAAAACCGAAAAAGAUUACUACAAAGAAAAUUAUUAAACAGAAAGGACAGAAACAGCAAGUGACACAAGAAACAACUGUAGAGGAACAAGGACAAUUACUUAUAACAAUAGUUACAGAAGGUCCAUUAGAAGAAAUCGUUGAAGAAACUGUUCUUCCACUAUCUCAUCCCGAAUUUGUAAAACCUUGUGAAAAAGAGGAUGUAAAGGAGGAAACAAAAGCAACUGAAAUAGUCGUUGGAAAGAAAAAACCGAAAAAAAUCACUAAAAAGCAAAUUAUUAAACAUAAAGGACAGGAACAACAAGUGACUGAAGAAGUAACUGUGGAAGAAAAUGGUAAGUUGCCCGUAACAUCAAUUACGGUUAGCCCAAUCGAAGAAAUUGUUGAAGAAACUUUAUUACCUUUACAUCCUGAUUUCGUCAAAAUUGAAGAAGAAAAUAUAAAAACAGAUACAUUAAUUGAAAAGCUAAUAAAAGAAGAAAAAUCAAAGAAGGUUAAAAAGAAAAUUACUAAACAAGGAAGUACCAAAGGAAUAAUUAUAAGUAAUGAGGACAAAGAGAAACAAGAGGCAAAAGUUACAAAUCUUCACGCAGACAUUACACCUGAAAUACACAUUAAAUACGAUGAAAUGAUAAAAUCUAAAAUCAGUAAAAAGACUUUGGAAGGUACCAGAGAAGAAGGGCUGUAUCAGGAAGAAGAAUCAAUUUACGAAAUACCUGAAGAAAUUAUAGAAGUUGUAACAAAAGAAAUAGAGUUUCAAAAAGCUCAACUCCUUAUACAUAAAGAAGAAUCGGUAGAAAUUAUAAAAAUAGAUCUCAAGGAAGCACCAAUAGAAAAAGAGAAAAUAUUUAUCACAGAAGAGAACAAGAGUAUUGAAAAACCGAUACAGAAAGACAUUAAGACAAAAAAAGUACCAAAGAAAAAGGAUGAACGUGUUAAGGUAAUCGAGGAAAUAAAAUCAGAGGAAAUGGUUGAAAUGCCAUCCAAAAAAAUAAUUAAGAAAAAGGAACAUAUAAUAGAUACUGUUGACGUUCUUGAGCAAGCCGUAGAAGAAAUCCGAACGGAAAUGCCAAAGAAAGAAAAGGCUAAAACUAUCGUGGAAGACAGAAAAGAAACUAUUACAGUUACAGAAAUAGAUACACAACAAUCAAUUGUUAAAGUACCUGAGGAGAAAAUUGAUCAGAAACCAAUUGAAGAUACUCAAAUAAUUGCUAAAGAACAAAUAGUCGAACUUAUCGAAACACCGAUAGAAAAGAAAAUAAAGAGAAAAAAGGGAAAAUCUCAUGAAGAUAAUGUGCUACAAGAAAUUGUUGAAGAAAUUGUUUUAGAUAAACCAGAGAUGGAACAAGCUCAAACUGUAUUCACUCCUAGAGAGAGUAUCGAAGUUGUGCAAAUCUUAACUGAAUCCUCCGUUACUAAAUUCACAGAAGUUGAAGCUAUACCAAGAGAAGCUGCGGUAUAUGAAAUUAAAAAAGAAGAAAGCCCAUUAAAGACAAUUUUACGGGAAGAAACAAACACGAUUCCUGUGCAGGUACAAAUUACUAUCGAAGUUACUAAAGAAAUAUUGGACAAAAAACCAAAAGAAGAAGAAAUAAAAUUGACUAUUAUAACAAAAGAAGGAAUCCAAGUUACUGAGGCAAUUCCGGACACUUCUACUGAGGAUCUUCUUGAAAUGAUAAAACCAGUGAAAGAAAUGAUACUGCCAGUGAAAGAAGAGGGACCACAAGUUGAUAUAAAAGAAGUUACUGUAAAGAAAGCACCGAAAAGAGUUAAACCAAUGCAUGCAAGUAAACAAGUUAAAGAAGAAAUUGUUGAAGAUAUUACAUUAGAAAACCCAACACAAGAAAAAGCGGAAGAAAUAAUAAUUGCAAAUAAGGAAAUAGAAACUACGGAAAUUAUUUCUAAAAUUACAACCAAUGAAAUUGAUAAAAAUAAAACACAAAAAGAGCAAAUUACGCUAGAAAAGAUAGAUGAUAGUGUAAAAUCAGCUAUAGAAGUGAAGGAAGACCGACCAGAGGAAGCAGUAGAGGACAUAAAAAUGAAAAAGCCUAAGAAGGAAAAGGCUAAAAAGGAUGUACUUUUACAAGAAAGUGUUGAAAUUUCAGAAGUAACAACAGAAAUAGUACCUGAAGAAUUCAUUAUGGAAAAAGCGUUUGCCGAAGAGGAAGCAGAACCAAGUGUUACACCAAUAGAAAUUAUUGAAAUUACCAAAGUUGAUCUAGCUGUAGCAGAUGGUGAAGUAACAAAAAAGAAAAAAGCAAAACCUAGGAAGACUGACAUUAAAGAAGAAAAAGAGAAAGAAUUAGUUCCUAUCGAAAAAGAAGAGGUCAUUCCAGAAAAAAAACAGGAAGAAGAAAUAGUAGAAAAAGUAAUAUCUAGCCAACCUAAAUUAGAACAAAUAAAAAUAGAGAAAGGUGCACUAGAAACUACAGGAGAAGUAACAGAAAUAAUUCCCGAAGUUAAAAUGGAAGAUUCUUUAAAGGAGAAAAAACCCGAGGAUGAAUUGAAGCAAGUAAAAACAAUACACACCGAAAAAAUAAAGGAAUUUGAAAAACCAAAAGAAGAAAUUACGUCUACUGCAGAAGAAAAACCAAUGGAGCUUAAACCCAUCGAGAAAAUAAAAGAAAAGAAAGUUAUAAAGAAAAAGAAGAAAAAAAUCAUUAAGAAAGAUGAUAUAGAGGAAUGGAUAGAACCUGAGUAUGAAAAACCUGUAUUAGAGCCAAUGCCUGAAAAAAUUCAAUGGGAGCCAAUAAAAAAGAAAAAAGAAAAGAAAAUAUUGCCUGAAUCUGUGCAAAAAUUAGUUCCACAGAAAAUUGAAAGAAAAGAAAUCAAACCUUCAAAAUUAAAAUAUAUUGAACCAAUGCAAGAAACAGUCCAAUUUGGCACAAUUAAAUUGAAAAAAGUGCCAAUUGUUAAGAAAAGAGAAAUAAUUGAACCAACAUUUCCUAAAAUCAUGUUACGAAGUAGAAUUACAUUUAUUGAUGACUAUCCGGCACAAUUACAAAUACCAAAGGUUAUGUAUAUAGAAGAAAAUCCAAUACAAGCUGGUAUUUUAUCUAGAAAUACAGAAGAAGCAUUACAAAUUAUAAAGAAGAAAUACAAAAAACCUAAAGUCUUCGAGAAAGAUUUGAUUGAAUUAGAAAAAUUAGAUAAAAAGUUUGAAGAACUAAAAAAAGUUCCUUUAGAACAAACAGAAGAUAAAUCUAUUUAUGAACGUACACCCAAGAAGUCGCAGAAAACGUUCGAAGAACCACAAAAGUUCAUUAUUGGAAAAGGUGAAAUAAAACAAGAAGAUAAAAUUAUACCGGAAGAGAUCAAACUAAAGAAAAUACCGAUAAAGAAACCAGAUCAAGUAACAGAAAAUAAAGAAACACCUAAAAUAAAAGAAUCCAUAGAUGAUACACCACUGGAAAAAGAACAACAAUCUAAAGAAACAUUCACAUCUGAUGAAUUCAAACCAAUAAAAUUUGAUAAGCCAAAAAUUGAAAAAUAUAUAUCUGAAGAAUUCGAAAUAACCAAGAAACCAGAAACUGAACCUGAUUCGAAGUCAUAUAAACCAUUUAAGAGAAAAAAACCUGAACAAGAUAAGGAGCAAAUUCCUUUAAUAAAGGGUAUACCAAAGCCACAGGAACCUGAAGAAGAACCCCAGAUCAAUUUUCGAAUACCAACUUCAGAAAAACCAGAAGAUGAACCUGAAACAAUAACUUUAAAAGGCUGGACAAAAAAUAAACCCGAAGAAGAAAGCAUAGAAGAACAGCCAACUAAGGAAAAAGACAUUAUACCAACAACGCCCAAAGACAUUAUUGAUGACGUUACAGUAAAACAGAAGAAAAAACAGAAAAAGAUCAAAGAGAAAGAAAUAAAAUCACAGGACAGUAGUGAAGAUACUAUGUUAAAAAAUAUUCCUGAAGAAAAGCAAAAGAUACCAACAGAAGAAUUAAUUAUAAAAAGAAAGAAGUCAGAACCGAAAGAAAAGCAAAGUGAAUUAGAUAUUUCUCAAGAAGUGUUACUAAAAACACCAAAGCAGUUUGUUGAAGACAAAAUAGAAGCUGAAGUAUCAAUUACAAAACCGAUUACCAAGGAGAAGAAAGAAGAUGCCAAAGAAAUCACUGAAGAAAUUACAGUAAAGAAAAAACCAAAGAAAAAAUCCAUAACCGAUGAUCUUGCUGCUGAAAUAACUGUAAAAGAACCCGGUGCAAAAGAAGAACAAAUGCCGGAAGAAAUCUUUGAAAAAAUAGUACUAAAGAAACCAAAAGAAGAAUCUGUCAAGGAAGAAGUCGCUAAUGAAGUAACGAUUGAAAAAUUAAUUACUGAAAAAAGAAAAGAAGAAAUUGAGGAAGUUACGUUGAAAAAGAAACCAAAGAAAAAACCCGUUACAGAGGAAUCUGCUGCAGAAAUAACUGUACAGAAACCCGUUCCAAAGGAGGAAGUGCAAGUGCCGGAAGAAAUCUCUGAAAAAGUAGUGCUAAAGGAAUCAAAACAAGAAAUUCCCAAAGAAGAAAUCGCAGAUGAAAUGACGAUUAAGAAACCGGUUGUCGAAGAAAGAAAAGAAGAUGUGAAAGAAAUCACCGAAGAAGUUACGUUGAAAAAGAAAUCAAAGAAAAAGCCCGUUACAGAGGAACAUGCUGCUGAGAUAACUGUAAAGAAGCACGUUUCAAAAGAGGUAGAGCAAAUGCCAGAAGAAAUUUCUGAAAAAGUUGUACUAAAGAAACCAAAACCAGAAAUUCUCAAGGAAGAAAUCGCAGAUGAAAUGACAAUUAAGAAACCGGUUGUCGAAGAAAGAAAAGAAGAUAUGAAAGAAAUCACCGAAGAAGUUACUUUGAAAAAGAAAUCAAAGAAAAAGCCCGUUACAGAGGAACCUGCUGCAGAAAUAAAUGUAAAGAAACCCGUUCCAAAAGAGGAAGAGCAAAUACCAGAAGAAAUGUCUGAAAAAGUGGUACUAAAGAAACCAAAACAAGAAAUUCUCAAGGAAGAAACCACAGAUGAAGUGACAAUUAAGAAACCGGUUGUCGAAGAAAGAAAAGAAGAUGUGAAAGAAAUCACCGAAGAAGUUACGUUGAAAAAGAAACCAAAGAAAAAGCCCAUUACAGAGGAACUUGCUGCUGAAAUAACUGUAAAGAAACCCGUUCCAAAGGAGGAAGAGCAAGUGCCGGAAGAAAUCUCUGAAAAAGUAGUACUAAAGAAACCAAAACAAGAAAUUCUCAAGGAAGAAAUCGCAGAUGAAGUGACAAUUAAGAAACCGGUUGUCGAAGAAAGAAUAGAAGAUGUGAAAGAAAUUACCGAAGAAGUUACGUUGAAAAAGAAACCAAAGAAAAAGCCCGUUACAGAGGAACUUGCUGCUGAAAUAACUAUAAAGAAACCCGUUCCAAAGGAGGAAGAGCAAGUGCCGGAAGAAAUCUCUGAAAAAGUGGUACUAAAGAAACCAAAACAAGAAAUUCUCAAGGAAGAAAUCGCAGAUGAAAUGACGAUUAAGAAACCGGUUGUCGAAGAAAGAAAAGAAGAUGUAAAAGAAAUCACCGAAGAAGUUACGUUAAAAAAGAAACCAAAGAAAAAACCCGUUACAAAGGAACCUGCUGCUGAAAUAACUGUAAAGAAACCCGUUCCAAAAGAGGAAGAGCAAAUACCGGAAGAAAUCUCUGAAAAAGUGGUACUAAAGAAACCAAAACAAGAAAUUCUCAAGGAAGAAAUCACAGAUGAAGUGACGAUUAAAAUACCAGUUGUCGAAGAAAGAAAAGAAGAUGUAAAAGAAAUCAUCGAAGAAGUUACGUUGAAAAAGAAACCAAAGAAAAAGGCCGUUACAGAGGAACUUGCUGCUGAGGUAACUGUAAAGAAGCUCGUUUCAAAAGAGGUAGAGCAAAUGCCGGAAGAAAUUUCUGAAAAAGUUGUACUAAAGAAGCCAAAACAAGAAAUUCUCAAGGAAGAAAUCGUAGAUGAAGUGACGAUUAAGAAACUGGUUGGCGAAGAAAGAAAAGAAGAUGUAAAAGAAGUCACCGAAGAAAUUACGUUGAAAAAGAAAUCUAAGAAAAAGCCCGUUACAGAGGAACCUGCUGCUGAAAUAACUGUAAAGAAACCCGUUUCCAAAGAGAAAGAGCAAAUGCCGGAAGAAAUCUUUGAAAAAGUAAUAUUUAAAAAACCAAAAGAAAAAUCUCUCAAAGAAGAAGUCGCCGACGAAGUGAUAAUUAAAAAACCAAUUGUCGAAGAAAAAAAAGAAGAUGUAGUUGAAGAAAUUACUUUAAAACCUAAGUCAAGAAAGAAGAUGUUCGAAACGGAAGAAAUGUCGGAAGUAACCAUUGUGAAAUCUGUAAAAGAUAAGAAAGUAGAAGAAGAAAUUGCAGAAACAUCUGCAGAUAUAUUAUUAAGGGAAAAAGAACCAGUACCAGAAAUUAAAGAUGUAAUUACAGAGGAAUUAACUAUUCGGAAAAUCGAGAUUGUAGAACAACCUGAAGAAGUAAUUGAAGAAUUUACUUUGAAACGUAAACCACCGAAAAAAGCUCCGAAACCAAUUGAAGAAAUUUAUGAAGAUGUUACUUUACAUAAAUUACGACCAAAGAAAAAGUCUAGGCCGGAUAUCAGAGAAGUUACUAAUGUUGAGAAUGUAACAUUUAGACCACGUUCUACAAAAAGAAAAGAAGAUGUAGAACAAGAAUUUAAAAUCUCGUUAAAUACAUACGAAGAAGAAGAUAUUUCUAUGUCUGGUAAAGUGCGUCUAAAACCAAAAAGACGUCCGCUUACAUAUUCUGAAGAGACUGGAGAGGAAACAAUCAAAAUCAUUCAAGAAAUCGAAAAUUUUGGUCCGAUUAUCGAAGAGGUCAUCAAUGAAUCGGAAGAAGAAGGGAAAGAAGAAUAUAGCAUCGAAGAACUUGAUAUCGACGAAAUGAAUAUACCGCUAAGACGAAAGAAAAAGAAACAAAAAGCUCCAUAUACUGUAGAAGAAAUUGAAGAUGAUGUUAAAUUGCAGUUGAAUCGUGAUAGAAAAUACUCAUACGAGGAAGCCGAUACCGAAUCUUUGGCGCUGAAGUUGAAAAGCAAGAAACGUAUUUCCACAUUCGAAGAAGAAGAAGCUUCUCUCAGUAUUACUAAAGAAGAGGAAAUAUCCGAAGAAGUCGAGAAACUUGAAUAUGUUGUUCGGGAAGGUGAUACAAUGUUUUCAAUUUGUUCUUAUAUUGCUGAAACAGAAGAAGCUAUUAAUUUAGUAGAAGGGGAAAAAAUUUAUAUUAUUGAUCAUACUAAUCAGGAUUGGUGGUUUGUAAAGAAACACUUGACCGAAGAAAAAGGUUGGGUACCGGCGCAAUAUUUAUUGGAUGAAGCACGUUACACUAUUUACUUGCAACGAAAAUUGCAUGAAAAAAUUGACAAAUUGCCAAUCUUUGAAAAGCCUGCCCCCGGAGAAAAAGCCUCAGCACCAAGAUUUAUUGAAAAAUUACAACCAAUUCAUACAUUAGAUGGUUACACCGUGCAAUUCGAAUGUCAAGUAGAAGGCAUACCAAGACCACAAAUAACUUGGUUCCGCCAGACUGCUAUUAUUAAACCAUCUACUGAUUUUCAAAUAUAUUAUGACGAGGAUAACGUUGCUACCUUGAUAAUCAGAGAAGUCUUUCCCGAAGAUGCCGGCACUUUUACUUGCGUUGCAAAAAAUGCUGCAGGAUUUGCGUCCAGUACCACUGAGCUUAUUGUCGAAGCUCCUUUGUCAGAUCAUGGAUCAGAUAUUACUGGUCUCUCGAGAAAAAGUCUUUCGAGAGAAUCAUCUUUAGCCGAUAUAUUAGAGGGUAUACCACCUACAUUUUCUCGAAAGCCGAAAGCGAAAUAUGUGAAUGAAGGUGACGAUGUGAUAUUGGAAUGUCGAUUGGUCGCUGUACCGGAACCAGAAAUAACAUGGCAUCACAAAGACGUACCAGUAGUUAGUCAACAGAAUAUUAUAGUUGCAACUGAAAGUGACAUGCAUAUGUACUGCAGUGUCGUAAACUUCACUAACAUUCAAAAGAAGCAGGAGGGAAGAUACAAGAUUAUUGCUAAAAACAGAGAAGGCGAGGCUACUAUCGAUAUUUCUGUAAAGGUGAAAACUGGAAAGAGCGAACCACCCGAAAUUUUAGAACCGUUACAAUCUUAUAUAGUUAAAGAAGGUGAGACUGUCGUAUUAUCGACUCAAAUAGUCGGUAAUCCAUCACCGAAAAUAACAUGGUACAAAGACGGGAAGCCGUUAAAGGGUUCGCAAUUAAAGCAAGACGGACAUGUUAAUACAUUAAACUUGAUCCAACCUCAAUUAACAGAUAGUGGGGAAUAUUCGGUUACAGCUAUCAAUGAUAUAGGCAAAACUGAGACUCGGGCUACAUUGACUGUUGAGAUUAACUCCAUAUCACAAGUCAACAUUAAUUUUCAACAUUGUAUAAACGACAAGUGUGUCUCGUUUGUUAAGGAAGUACCAAGUGGCGCCUCAGAACCACCAUUAUUCACCAAACGUUUCCAAGAAGUAAUCGUUCCGGAAAAAGAUACUUUCAAGUUAGUUGCCAAAGUUACUGGUAAUCCCGUUCCCGAAGUUACUUGGCUUAGAAACAACAAACCGCUUGAUAAAUCAGUUAAUAUCAUAGAAAGUUAUGAUGGUGAGAACAUCCUACUUGAAAUUAAAAAUGCAGACUCUGAAGUCGAUGCUGGAGAUUAUAAAUGUGUCGCUAGUAAUCCAGUUGGAAAAGCUUCUCAUGGUGCAAAAGUCACAGUAGAUGUUGCCAAAGUUUUUUUCACAAGGAAUUUGCAAAAUAAAAUCAUAGUCAACGAAUACAAAACUCUAGAAUUAAGCUGUGAAACAUCCCAUACUGUUUCUACGAUAUGGUGGCAUAAUGAUAAAGAAAUUAGCGGGAUGGAUCAUCGCGAGAUAAUUCAGGAAGGACGUCUACACAAGUUACUUAUUAAGAAGAGCGGUCUUUCCAAUGUAGGAACAUACAAAUGUACUGUCAAGAAUCAAAUGACGUUUAGCAACGUUAUCGUUAAAGCUACCAAGCCAGAAUUCGUCAAGAAAUUGCAGGACUUUGAGGUAAAAGAACGCGAUGUGGCGAUUUUAGAGGUUGAGAUCACAUCUCAAACGGCCGAUGUCAUAUGGCGAAAAGAUGGUGAAUUAUUAACACCAAGCAAAGGAAAACUAGAAUUUACGAAAGAUGGUACCAUAAGGAAACUUUUCAUCAGGAACACAUCGGUUCACGACGAAGGCGAAUACACAUGCGCUCUUCUAAAUCAAGAGUGUACAGCGGAAGUUACAGUUGUCGAAUUAUCACCGGAGAUCAUUAUCAAAAUGCAAGACAUAACUAUAGCUACAGGGGAGAAAGCGACUUUCGACAUAGAAUUAACGAAAGGUGAUGCUCUGGUACGCUGGUUCAAAGACGGACAAGAAUUGCAAUUUUCUGAGCACGUGCGAUUGUCAAUCGAUGGUAAAAGACAAAAAUUAAAAAUUUAUGAUGCUGAAGUAGAAGAUGCAGGAAUCUAUUCCUGUCAAGUUGCUGAUCAAACUUCGUCAGCCAGAUUGACAGUCGAAGAAUCCGAAGUAGAUUUUAUUAAAAAAUUGCCAGAUAUUACUUUAGUGCCUCUCAACACUGAUGCAACUUUUCUUAUCGAAUUAUCACGUGCCGAUGUACCAGUAACAUGGUUAAAGAAAAAUGAAAUGAUCGAUUGUGCACAAUCGUCGAAAUAUAAUGUUAUCGAUGAAGGAAAUAUUAAAAAGCUCAUUGUUAAAAAGUGCACGACCGAAGAUAUUGCUGAAUAUAUUGCUGCAGUUGCCAACGUGAAAACAUCAUCGAGAUUAAAAAUCGAAGUUAUUGAAACAUCGCCUAAAAUUCAUCCUGAUACGCUUAAAAAAUACAAAACGAUGAAAGGCGAUGACAUUGAUAUUGUUGUCAAAUUCGCGGCUAAGCCAAUUCCAAUUGAUGAGUGGAUCGUCAAUGACCGUAUUCUUAAAAAAUCUAAACGAAUUAUUCCAUCUAUUGAUGAAUGUUCAGCCGUCUUAAUAAUCAGAGAUGUACAAGAGAAAGAUUAUGGUGAUUAUACUCUAAAAUUAACUAAUCCACAUGGAGAGGAUAGUAUAGAAAUCAACGUCAUUGUUGUGCAGACACCCGGUGCACCAGGAAUUCCGGAACCUCUUGAAAUAACUGAUGAUAGCAUUACUCUUCAUUGGAAGAAACCAGAUACAGAUGGACACUCCUCGAUCAUAGAAUACAUUUUAGAAUAUCGAGAAAAAACAGAAACUUUAUGGAGCAGAAUCACAGAGACAAUAAUUGAAACUACAUAUAAAUUAACCAACUUAAUCACCGACAAGAAAUAUACCUUUCGUGUAACAGCUGUUAACGAAGCUGGACCAGGGGAGGCAUCGAUGAAUACGCCAUAUCUAAGAAUUUCCAAGUUAUCAGCGUCUGAGCCACCGACCGUUCUUGAAGCACUUAAAAGUAUCGUCAUUGGAUUAGAAGAGACUGUCACACUUUCUUGUGUAAUUGGUGGUGUACCGACACCUCGUAUUACAUGGUUGAAAGAUGGCAAGGUUUUUGAAGAUAGUGAUAUUACAUACGAAAACCAUUUAGCUAAAUAUACUAUUCGAAAAACCACUGAGACAUCUUCGGCCACAUUUACGGUUAAAGCUCAAAAUGAUUCAGGAAUGGCGGAAACAUCAUGUCAAUUAAAAAUUCAAGAAUCUCCAAAGAUCACUUGCGAUGAAAAUUUAAGAAAGCAGAGACUAACAGUGGACGAUAAAUGGAAAGCCGAGAUUCAUUUUAGUGGUUUCCCAAAACCGGAAGUAACGUGGACGAUAAAUAACAAAACAAUAAUUGAUAAGCGCAUUUCCAUUGAGACUAAGGAAAAUACAUCUAUUAUUAUGAUUUCUUCGCUUGUUAGAAAUGACACAGCUAUCUAUACAGUGAAAGCAUCGAAUGAAGCCGGUAGCUCAUCGAUGGAAUGUCAUCUUCGUGUUAUAGAUAAACCAAGCAAACCCCAGGGACCAAUUAUCGCGAAAGAAAUUAGACAAGAUCGCGUCACCAUAGAAUGGCGACCGCCGAUCGAUGAUGGUGGGGUUGAACUGGAAAGAUAUACCGUCGAGAAGUGCGAAAUGAAUAAGAAAGUUUGGACAAAAGUAGGUGAUGUCGACAAAGAAGUUGAGAAUUUCUGUGCGCAGAAAUUGCAGCAAGAUGUCGACUACCUAUUCAGAAUAGUUGCUAGAAAUUCGGUCGGAUUCUCAGAUCCUUUAGAAUCCGAACCAAUUCGAACAAGAACUUCAUUCGAAACACCGGGCUCACCAAGAGGACCACUUGAAGUUUUUGGAAUGACGAAAACAUCAUUCACAUUAAAAUGGGAACCACCAAAAAAUGAUGGUGGGACUUCUAUUAUAGAAUACAUUAUUGAAACGAAGGAGACAUCUAAGAAAACUUGGCAAAGAAUUGCGAGUACAAAGGGGGAAAUCACUAAUGUUACUGUAUCCGAUUUAAAACCAGACACAUCGUACACUUUCCGAAUACUAGCUAAAAAUAACGUUGGUACUGGUCUUCCGUAUACAGCAGAAGAAGUGAUUACAACCGGUAAACAACCGAAAUUAAUAAAGCUUACAGAAAACAGCAUAUACGCGCUACUAGGCAUAUUUCCAUCAACCAAAACUAUCGCCAUUAAGACACCACCUUCGUGUCCGCUAAACGUCCGAGCAACAAAUGUCACUAGUAAAAGCGUCACUCUCAGUUGGUCACCACCAAUUACAACAGGAGGAUCGGAAUUGACAGGUUAUGUAAUCGAGAAGAGACCAUUAAUCGGAAAAGGCGCCAGGUGGUCGAAAGUUGUCACUUUGGAUGCUACAACACACCAAUAUUGUAUAGAGAACCUAAAAGAAAGCGAAUUCCUCUUUAGAAUCUUUGCUGAAAAUAGUUUAGGUCUUAGCAUACCUACUAAUUCCGAACCAAUCACGCUAAAAACUCAUGCCAAUGUUCCAUCACCACCUACUGCUCCGUUAGAGAUGAGACAGAUUGCAGCGAAUACAAUGGUAAUCGAAUGGGGUAGACCCGAAUCAGACGGCGGUGCAUCUCUCGAGGGUUACAAAAUUGCUAUUAGAGACGCGAAGAAAACUAUGUGGAUGGAAGUGGGAAGAGUUAGUGCGGACAUCCAAAAAUUGAACAUCAGAGAUCUGCAAGAGAAUCACGAAUAUCUCAUAAGAAUCUUCGCACGAAAUGAGAUCGGAUUUAGCGAUCAUUUGGAAUCGGAAGAACCCUUUAAGAUUGUACCGACAUCAGAACUGUCGUGCGUGGAACUAAUUGCAGAGGCUAUGGACAAAGGUGAGACCGCAUCGAUCAGCUUUAGCACAGAAAACACAAGUUCAUGGUUGAGAGAACAUAAUAUGGAUGCCGAUAUACAUUCAUACGCGAGAGCAAGAUUACUUAGGAAAGAUGAGUACUUUUUCCGUAUUUGGCACUAUGCUAAAAAGUUGUUUGAAUAAGCAUUUGUUAUACACGUGUAACUUUGAACAUUUCUAUUGUUAUUGUAAAGUGUCGACGGAUAUAAUUGAUCUUUUACCGCAAUUGCAAUUUUAUUUUUUCAUCGAAUGCUGUAUGUACAUUAUAUCAAUGUAUUUAAUCAAUGUGCAUGAGUCUAAGGCCCUGCGCAUAAUAGAAGGAAUAAGGAAUUAGGAAUAAACGAUUUUAACCUAUUAGAAAUCGGAUACAUCGGAAUACAUCGGUUUCUAAUAGAUCGAAAUCGUUUAUUCUUUAUUCCUAAUUCCUUAUCGCUUUUAUUGUACGUAAGGUCUAACUCUUGAAAUAAUGUAUUGGCGAUAGAGGCAUUAAUUGUUCCUUUCUAAAAUCGAUUUGCGUAUAAUGAUUAUACAUAUAUGUCAAAACCAAUUUACGUAAGACUGGAUGGUGUUUACCGAGUGUUAAUCUAGUUAGGGUAAAGUGAUUUUCUUUUUGACGCUUUUAUUAAAGCGAUCAGGAAAUGUACUUUAUUGUACGAAUAAUUCACUUUUUAUUCUAGUUUCGUGUUUUAAAAUAUUACAAAUUACGCUCUCGUGCAGUUUUAUAAAUUUUAUUUCCUAUCACUAAUGCGCAUUGUUAAAGUAUUAUGUAUUUACUAGCUGGUAAUGACAAGCAUUAUACUUGGAAAAUUCUUCGAAAUUUUCAAAUAUGCGGCAUUCUACAGCUAUUAGUGAGCUAUUACAGCUAUUUAGCUAUGUGACGAUAUAACGUUUGUUUUUAUUUCUUUGGUGAAGUCAGAGCAUACCUUAGUAUGCUCUGUAUUCUCCAAGUAUAUAUUGAUUGUUUCUUGUUAUUAUUAUCCGCGAUAUUAAUUUAAUUUUAAUUAUUAUUAUUAAUAAUAUCGAUACUUCAAAUUAACAAAAUGAAGAAAUAUCACGCGUAUCUGGUAAGUGAGACGUAAAAUAUAGGUGCAAUCGUGAACUAUUAUCAACCAAUGACGCGUCGCAUAUUUCGUAUUAUUUAUGCAAAAUUAUAUAAUAUUGUAAAAUAUUUUA